GGCUAGCUAUAGGGUUGUAAGGUAGAAUAGGGGUUGGAUUUUAGGUGAUCACCUACCUCCCUCCCAUCAUGCCCUUCCCCUCCUCCUUCUUCCAACUGCUAACUAGUGACAGGAGUCUGGAGAAGAGUUAGCACCAUGGCUGAAUCCCAGAUUCUGUGUCUGAGAGAUAACAAUGUGAAUGAGAAAGUGACCGAAGACAUGGUGCACUUCUAUUACAGUGAGGACCAGAGGAGGUCCCUGCAGCAGCUGAUCGAUCAUGGGGUGCAGGAGUACAGGCAGUACAUUAAGCACUUUGGUCUGAGGGACUUUCUGUCCAGCAGGGAACUGACUGAGUUAAAGCGUUCCUGGGCAGAGUAUGACACGGCUCCCCCUAAGAAGAGCAAGCAAGUGUCCGGUAAACAGGGAGCGGAUACAAAGAGUUCUUUGGAAUACUGGCCACAACUAUCAGACACCGAGAUUCCACCGCUGGACCUGGGCUGGCCCCAGAAUGGCUACUACAGGGGGGCUACCCAGACCCUGGUAUACACCCACCCACCCAAAGAAAAUGCCCCCACCAUAAAGGCAGUGGUACGGGAUAUGAUUCAGAAAGCGAGAAAGGUAAGUCAACCUGACUUGAGGUAACAAAGAAAAGGGAAAGGGAAAUGGCUUUGGGAGGACACUGGUGGACUACAAUCCCCAUUAUCCUCACCCAGGUGUUGGGUAAGCGGAACUUGUAGUAAAAAAAAACCCAAAAAAACAACAGGCUGUUAUUAUUUUGUCAUAAGCAUGUCCUGACUUCAAAUUGGAUAAAGUGGCUGGAAGUGAUGGGUGUUGGGCCCGGGGUGCUGGAGAAGGGAGGCGAGUUAUUGUUGUGUUCGUAGCUUGAAAGUUCUGUUCUGUCGAAGAAUGAAACAAAGUCGAUUGGUAUAAACACAUACCCGGACACGACGUUAAACUGGAGAACAUAAUAGACAUGUUUGGUAUUUUGUCCCUUGGCCUUGAUCAGAUACUGAUACAAAAAAAAAAAUUCCCCCCAAAACAGCCAAAGCAUUAUUUUUCUAUAUGUUUCCUGGGGUGUGAAGUGCCUCUGGGUAUAGCCAUACCUUGGCAUUCUGACAUCUGGUAAACAUCAAUGGGGGGGAGGGUGCAGUGCAACCUUUGCCUGUGUCUGAUCUCUGUAGGGUUAAUUAGGGCAUACCAUUCCAAAAAAGAAAGUGUGCAGUUUAUCUACAGAACUUACUCUUUUUAUGUAGUAUGAAGGUUUGCUGUUGUAUUAUACACCAAUUAUUAAUUUAAACUAAGGAUGUUUAAUUAUCAGUCAGUAUAAAUUAACAUCCUGAGGCAUCAUAAUUCACCCUGGAGAGCUGUUAUGUUGUAAAUCAGUGGUUGUUACCUUCCCAUAUAUCUGUGGCAAUAUUUGCUCUGCAAAUAUUUAAACUUUAUAUCUCCUGUUAGUCAAGCCCACCAAUUGUACAGAUAAUACUGUCCUAAGAUCUCAUGUAAAACUGCAUAAACUGUGCAAUCUGUGACAAACAUAGGUUCAGACAUGUCUGACUGUUAAAUGCUUAAGCCUUAUCAUGAACAGCGACGUGUUUGUCUACUGGCAUAACACAGACUAAAUGCAAAGGUAAAUAAGACACUGGCCUAACCAUACCUUUAAUUAAUUGUUUGUUUAUUUGAAGUUCUACCUGCUGUAAGUCUUUAAUGUUUUUUUACUUUUUGCUGUACUCUCCCACCUCAGCUGUGGAACUAGGUUUGAGGGAUUUAGCUCAAUUUGAUUCAAGCUGAAAAGUUAGAGGGACUGCCAUUUAUCUGAUAGUGAAAGUUCGUUGUUUUUUUUAACAAUGAUACAUGCUUCACUUUCUAAGCAGAUGCCUGAGCCCUGCACUGCAUUCCUCCACAUUGCUGUAAAACAUACAUGCGGCACUGUGGGGGUUAAGUCUAUCUGCUUUGUAUAGUCUUGCUGUGAUAGGACAUGCUGGUAUACUAUGUGAAUCAUUAAUAACUGGGUUGGGCAAAAAUGUUGAAUACAAUGGUUCGACUUCAAUCCUGCUUCCCUGUUUCCUGAAUGUAACUCAGUAAUAUAACCCGUAAUUUACCAGCAGAGGUCGGGGAGGUGGUCUACUCCGGGUGACAGGCCUGUGACUCUUUGUAGUGUUGCCUUGUUGGAGCAUGCAAAGCAUUGAGGCACAUAUACCGGGGAUAAGAGGACAAGAUGAAAUGAGCAGGUAGGUGUCACGAGCGUGAGCUGUAGGCCCAGCCGAGACAGUGGGGGGGAGAGUGUGGAAGUGACAGGGUUAGUGACACCAGACCCCUGGUUACCUGUUGCUAGUCCCAGCAACCACUCAAUUAACCCCUGCAAUCCCUUCUACACUAACCCCCUAGUACACACUUUACUGCCACCACCAAGACUUUUAAACCCGGGCGUUUUAGGUUACCCCACACACAGGAGAAUUAUAGAAUCACAGUUCUACUUUUACUGAUCAAACCCAUAUAAUGAACCCUUUUUGGUAACGUGUUUACCUGAGCUUUCCUCUGGAGAGUGAAGCUCAUAGAGAACAGAGACACAAGCUGAUUAAACAUUUAAUCUGCCCCCCUCACCGACACAACCAGAGGCAACGCACAAACACGAUCCAGAGCAAGACACAAGUAGGGGCGGUGCCCCUGAUAACGCUGUAGAGCAGGAGACGAGCGAAACCCACGACAUCGCUGGGGAUCAGGAGGUGACAAGUGGGGUUAAAUGAUACACAAAAGGGGAGAGCCGCUGCAGACAAGAGAAGACACAAAGCAACAACACAACAGGGGAAACAUGAGACUUCACUAUGGACUGGGCCACAUGAUACACCACCACCACAUGUAUGGGUGGAGGGCCAAAUACACACAGACACACACCAAUCGACACAGGAAAUGAAACCGGGAGACAACCACACCAACACUAGACCGAACACACACAGGGUUACACCUACCUCCACGAGCAAGGAACUCACAUAGGCAAACCACACAACAACUAGAAAAGGCCACACAUGCGUCCAAUACACACCACUUGAACAAUGUCCACCAGGAACAUUGCAAACUAGAUGGAGGCAAUAACGAACACAUACUUUUAGACGACAGAGACGUGAAGAGGGAGACCGCAGGACUUAGGAGAAACCUAGCGAUUCGCUAGGGAGACGGUCCAACUAACAGAGAUCAAAAAUACAAACGCAUGAAAGGAACACACAACUCUGACCGCUAGGUUGGUACGACUACCCCCCACGAUCUCCAGGACUCCAAUAAACACGGGAACCCAGGGGAAUUAGGGGCCAGAGUUUUUCAGGGUAUAGCUAGAUAAUCCUACCGACCCCACCAGAGGACGCACAACAUCCUGAGCACAGGAACACAAAUCAGGAAGGGGGAAUUACAGCAGAAAGGAGAUUGGGAUGAGAGGUAGCUGACAAACGUGCCGAAAAUGCGACCUUAGGAAAACGAGGCCUGCGGGCUCUGUGGGAGUAGAAACAUGAUGUCAAACUAGAUACAUUGAUACCUAACAUUAUGCAUGAGACCUGCGUGUCUCCUUACCAAAUCUGCACGCUUGUAAACAACUGCAUUCAAUAAAAUUCAUAUUUACCAAAAAAAAUAAACAUUUAAUCUGACAAAAAAGAUUCACAGAAAUAAAUUACAUACAGAUAACAAAUUGCAAAACAGUACAUAAAAUAGGAGAAAACACAAGAAAUUCCUUACAUAUAUUUACCCCAUAUAGAAUUCUUGUGGGAGUCUUAGAUGGUAUAGGUCUCCUAGAAGUUGCUGACCAAAGAAAAAAAAUGAAUAACUGAGCUCCCUGGAUAGUCCAGCACCCUCAUUGUAUAUCUAAACUAGUUGUUUCUCAGUGGGCAGACCCCUGGAGUGGGGAGAGGGGGGAGGGGGAGAAUCAGAGGGGGUUGGUCUGGCAGUUUAUUGCCCACUCUAUGCAAUUCCUUGUGUCCAGCUCUGGUGAUGGCUAUCUAGAUGUUUUAUGGUCUAGGCCUGGUGCAAGAUCAAAGACCACAAUAAAUGUCAUGGCAAGGUUUACAAAAUAACAACUCUUAAAGGGACACUAUAGUCACCAGAACAACUUUAGCUAAUGUAGCAGUUUUGGUGUAUAGAACAUGCCCCUGCAGCCUCACUGCUCAAUCCUCUGACAUUUACUAUUUAAAGCCCUUUGUUUAUGAACCCUAGUCACACCUCCCUGCAUGUGACUUUCACAGCCUUCCAUAAACACUUCCUGUAAAGAGAGCCCUAUUUAGGCUUUCUUUAUUGCAAGUUCUGUUUAAUUAAGAUUUUCUUAUCCCCUGCUAUGUUAAUAGCUUGCUAGACCCUGCAAGAGCCUCCUGUAUGUGAUUAAAGUUAAAUUUAGAGAUUGAGAUACAAUUAUUUAAGGUAAUUUACAUCUGUUUGAAAGUGAAACCAGUUUUUUUUUCAUGCAGGCUCUGUCAAUCAUAGCCAGGGGAGGUGUGGCUAGGGCUGCAUAAACAGAAACAAAGUUAUUUAACUCCUAAAUGACAGUGAAUUGAGCAGUGAAAUUGCAGGGGAAUGAUCUAUACACUAAAACUGCUUUAUUUAGGUGACUAUAGUAUUCCUUUAACAUAUCUCAACACACAUCCAACACCAACUCAUGCUUUUGGCAUGACAGUAGGAUUCAGGUACUUAAAAAGGUAAGACAGGGUAAGCAGAGACAGAAACAGGGUAAGGUGGCAUUAAAUGAAAACGCCAAACAGUAUAACCGCUAUCGCUAAUGUUGUGGCUAUGGUGCCUUUCUCAGAGUAAGUAGUCAAACUGCUUUAGAACUAGGGUCCCGCUGGUCACUGCUGCCUCCUCUACAGACAGAAGUUCUGCAUCUGAGCUUAUCUGUGGUGGUGCAGAGUUGUGCCCGCUGGCUGAAAGCACUCAGCUGACACUAGGCUCUGCAUCAGUACUAAAUGGUUACUCACCGUUUCAUAGAAAUUCUCUGUCCCCAUCAGCCUGAAGUGUUAGGUGAGUUACUAUGCACCCUAUUUAUGCAUGUUUAGGUGAGUGCAGCCAGACCCUUGUUUUCUCGUGUGUGUAUAACUAAACCCCCAUUAUUUUUUGCCCAGAUUAUGUGUUUUAAAAAAACAAAAAACCUAACAAUCUGUCAGCACCAAAGUUGCUGUUUAGUAGAUAAUGAAGUGUACUGGAUUUUCAUUUUAAGGUGAGUUACUAUGAACAGUUUAUGCAACAAAAAUUUAAUUUAGAACAAGAACUAUUAUAUUGACACAGACUGCGUUCUAAACACAUUUAUUGUACUUUAAAGACACAAAUACAUUAGUAUUAUUGCUGUGAAGCUCUAUCAUACAAAUAAGAACUGUUCCUCCUAAACUGAGACAUUUUGGAGGUAUGGGAUGUUUUACUUUGAUAUAUACUAUGCGGAUCUUGCAGACGAUAAAAUCCCCAAUCUUACAAGUUGCACCGGUGGUCUUACACUGUAAUUUCCUCAGGCCAAAGUUAAUCCGCAAAAUAUAUAGUACAGGUGACCUAUUCAAAGCAUAGAACGACAUUUGUCCAACAUAGAAUGAGUUAAAGCAACUCUGUCACACCCCCCCCGAAAAAUGAAUAUUUCACAAAGAUAGAAUCUUCAUAUAUUCAUAUUGACUGUGUUGGAAUUUAACAGAAAUUCCAACCAAGUUAAGACAUAUACUAAAACAUAGUAUAUUUCCUACACAUAACACUUCUAGACACUGGGUGGAGUGUCAUCUCUUUUUGGAAAUGUUUCAUAUAUGAGUGAGAUUACCCUGCUAAUGUCAGAUAUCUCCCAAGUUUUUCCAUAAAGGAUCGUUCUGUAAUCUUACAUCUCCUGGCAAACAAGAUUACCUUGAAUUGUGGAAGGAUUUAAAAUUUUAUAAUUUCCCUCUACAGUUUACAGAAACCACAGAGAAAGCCAGUCAUUGUUAAAUCAAUAAAUGUGGAAUCCAGGUGAAAGGAGAAAGCGGCUUAAUUGAAGUUUUGCAUACACCUGUCCAUACGUAAGCACUCAGGCGUUCCUUACAAAGCAGAUUAUAAUCAUUUUAAUUAUUAGUGUUUGGUUUCUCUUUUGAUUUAUACUCUUGUCCUGUUCUCUUUAAUAGUAGGAAUUGUUUUGGGCUGUUCCCUUUUUUAUUUCUUUUACUUUGCUUGUGUGCGGUAUAAUAUAUCAGAAUAUUAUUUAGAUUACCAUGCAGAUUGAUAGCUACAAACUCCCUGAAACUGCAGGAUGCACCUCUUGUGACUGUCUGGUAGACUGUCACUAGAGGCAGUUUUAGCACUGCAAUGUAAACUGCUAAACUGCAUUGUUUUACAUUGCAAGGUUAAAGGAACAGGGACAGUGCACUCAGACCACUUCAAUUAGAUAAAAUACACAAAGAAUAGGUGGAGCAAGUGAUAAUAAUAGUAAAAUGUACUUCCCUCUCUUCUACCUUUCUUGCUGCAAAAGAUAGAGAGGUACAAGAUAGUGCAGAUAUUUCUAUACACAGAAAAAAAUAAAUAUUAAAUCUUAUGCACUCACAAUGAAAGAGCCAUAGAAUAAAACCUGGCUCUGGUGUGAAUCUCCUCUGGGAUCUUAAUUGGGUGAUCCCCAAACCUCUUUGUUGGUACUUGUUGAAGUGUAGCUUCUUUUUCUUUCAAUACCAGGCAAUGGAAAAUGAAAUAUGUUCCAGAGAAAAAAUAUUUAUUUAAAAAAAAAAAAAAAACUUAAUAAAAUCAAUAUAAAUAAUAUAGAUAUAAAGGGUAAGACCUCCCAGUGUCCAGUAUGCUUGCCAAAACGCGUUUCGCCAGUAUGUGGCUUCCUCAGUUGGCAUAAGGUGAUAAUGUUCUCCAAGUCCUUUAAAUAUUUAAAAAUCGCGGGUAAUUUUCUUCCGGUGGAACGCAUCUAUGCGUUCCACCGCCUCCUUCCGGUUUCCGGAAUCUCUUCGUCACUUCCGGUUUCGCCGAAAAUACAAAGCGUUUGAUGGAACGCAUCGACUUCUUCCUAAUUCCGGAGGAAUUACAUCAUCUCCGGUUUCAUCAGGCUGUGUGUAAAGAGGCCCCUUCUUAAUUCAAACGUCCUUGGAACGCAUAAAAGAUACUGCUAAUAACUUUGGGAUUGACACAUUUAUUGUGCAAAAUACCGGAAAGUAUAUUUUAUUUCAAUUUGAUGGGAUACUAUCCUUCCUUUCUUGUUUGUUUAUUUCACAUAUGUCCAAAUUUCAUUUAUUUUAUAAUAUUGUGAAAUAUAUGUUUAUUGCUGAAGCAUUGUAAUGAUAUUACUUGCAGCAUUUAAUAUAAUAUUGCUAACAAUCUUGGGAACCGAUAUAUGUGUUAUGUAUAACAUUGGAACGCAUAUGCGUUCCAAGGACGUUUGAAUUAAGAAGGGGCCUCUUUACACACAGCCUGAUGAAACCGGAGAUGAUGUAAUUCCUCCGGAAUUAGGAAGAAGUCGAUGCGUUCCAUCAAACGCUUUGUAUUUUCGGCGAAACCGGAAGUGACGAAGAGAUUCCGGAAACCGGAAGGAGGCGGUGGAACGCAUAGAUGCGUUCCACCGGAAGAAAAUUACCCGCGAUUUUUAAAUAUUUAAAGGACUUGGAGAACAUUAUCACCUUAUGCCAACUGAGGAAGCCACAUACUGGCGAAACACGUUUUGGCAAGCAUACUGGACACUGGGAGGUCUUACCCUUUAUAUCUAUAUUAUUUAUAUUGAUUUUAUUAAGUUUUUUUUUUUUUUUUUAAAUAAAUAUUUUUUCUCUGGAACAUAUUUCAUUUUCCAUUGCCUGGUAUUGAAAGAAAAAGAAGCUACACUUCAACAAGUACCAACAAAGAGGUUUGGGGAUCACCCAAUUAAGAUCCCAGAGGAAAUUCACACCAGAGCCAGGUUUUAUUCUAUGGCUCUUUCAUUGUGAGUGCAUAAGAUUUAAUAUUUUUUUUUUUUCUGUGUAUAGAAAUAUCUGCACUAUCUUGUACCUCUCUAUCUUUUGCAGCAAGAAAGGUAGAAGAGAGGGAAGUACAUUUUACUAUUAUUAUCACUUGCUCCACCUAUUCUUUGUGUAUUUUAUGUCAUUUUAUGUGAAGGUGUAGGGGAUACCUCACUGGUGUUGAGAGCAAUUAUCACUUCUGGAGACAUACCUGUUUGUAUUAUUUCACUUCAAUUAGAUGCCUAUGGUGUCCCUUUAAGCAAAUAUCAAAGUUUAUAUUGUGCUAAGUUACAAGCUCAUACAUAUUGGUUAAGAGAAUUUGCAGUCCAUUCAUACUCUUAGACAUUAGUGGUUGGAGUCUUGAUGUGAAUAUAUUCACCCAGUAAUACCAGCCAUGAGCACAUACUGGGGUAUUACAUAUGACUCAUGGUUCUCAUGGUGGUGACCUGAUCUACAAUAGAGUUGCUGUAUAACCCAGUCAGGUUAAAUUAUGGUGGGGUGUCGGGACCACCUGACUAAAAUUCACAGUAAAAGUUGAAGUGGCUCCAAUUAACUCCCCUGUCCUUGUAAGUAAAUAUUCCCUCAUGUUCUUGUAAGCUUAUUUAAAAACAAUCAUGACCAUUUUCUAUAGAUUUUACUAAGUCCCCUAUAAUUGUGUUGUGUGUUUUUUUUUGUUUGUUUUUUUUUUUUCCCAUUUGCUUUUAUUGUCAUGGAAAUAUUUGAUCAUACACACAAUUACCUAUUAUAUCUUAUAAAUGAUGUUGUUUUUGAAAAUUUGAUAAAGUUUUAAAAGUGAUGCAAGGGGGCUGAGGACCAAAAUAGUUAGAUUAACACUAUAGUGUCCAGAAUAAGUUUGCAUUCCUGACACUAAAGUGUACCUUUUUAAGCUUUAUAUUAUUGCUGCUAAACAGACAUUCUACUUGUAUUAUUUUGUGAAUAGAAUAGAUUUUGUUUAUCAGACAAGUCUACAAACUUUGAGUAUUUUAUAAUUUUCUGAGCUUUAGACGAUAUAUUUUCAUUCCGAAGUGUUGAUAGUGUCUGUUAUCAUGGCAAUGGCAGUUUGCUCAUUUGGCUGUUUCAAAGCUUCAUGCAGAUGCCAGUAUCAUUAGCUGAAACACUACAUCCAUUCAGAUUUUUGAUAGUGAAUUCUUAAAGGUACACUUUAUUCAUCAAAACAACUUUAGAUUGAUAAAGUGGUUUUAGUGUGUAUAUUAUAUCCCUGCAGUCUCACUGCUCUAUUCGCCUCCUUUUAGGAGUUGAAUCACUUUGUUUAUGCAGUCCUAGCAAUACCUCCCCUGACUCAGACCGGCAUAUCCCCCCCACACUUCCUGAAAAGAGUGAUCUAAUGUUAAAAUGUUUAAUUUAGUUUAGUUUUUCUGCUCGAACCACAGCACAUACUGGGAUAUUUGCACUUGUGUGCCAAGGGCUAGCUACAACCCUGGCACACAUCAUUAUGGCAGCCUGGAACUGAUGAAUAUCAAUUCUGUGAAUAUUUUACGCCUGUUGUGAGUGCACACGCAUGCAGGUGACAGGCGUUCUCUAAUCCUGUGCCUGCAAGGAGAUGCUUGUGUCUCCCCUUCCUGUUGCCCUCACCCUUCCCUAUCGCCUCUAUUUUAAAAUUUUUGGGUCUUUCUCCCUCCCAACUACCUCUAUCCCUGCCUUCCCAGGGUGCUCAAAGGCUCUCUGAGUCGGACUAAAUGGUACAAUCAAAGGCUUCUCUGCUGUGAAAUCAGGAGGGGUUGUGCUGAGCAGUGCCUGGAUCUACGUCUGGCUAUGGAUUUCAGGUGAAUUAAACUUAUUUUAUUACUUUUUUAAACAUUUGCAGGGAGGAACUAAAGAAUAAUGCCCAAUGGGGCAUAAUUCACUUAAAAUAAAUAGUAAACUUUUAACAGAUCAGAUUUAAAAAAAAAAAAAAAUACAAGUAAACAUACUGUGCUGUUAGAAUGGUUUGUGUCAGGCCCCCUGCCCGCACGCUUCUCACGGCGGCUUCACUUACCCGCUCACCGCGGCUUCUAGUGCCUGCUCGCCGUUCGCAGGUAUUUCAGUGACCAUUCUGGCAGCGUGCAUAAAUAUGCGCCCGAGUCAGUCACCUGACUCGGCACACAUUGAUGAAGUCAGGGGGAAAAGUGGAAGGAUUAAAUACCUUCCACGUGUUAUAAUUAAAGGAGCACUAUAGGGUCAGGAACUAAAAACAUGUAUACCUGACCCUAUAGGGUUAAAGCCACCAUCUAGCCACCGUGGUCUCCUCAUGCCUCCCUAAAAAUAGUUAAAAUUUACUUGUAUUCAAGUCUGGAGAUGCAGGCUUUGUCCCUGUUUCCUGUAGACCUGCCGGCUGACAUCAGCAGAAGUGGUAGCCUGAUCCAAUCACAAUGCUUCCCCAUAGGAUUGUCUGAGACUGACAAAGAGGCAGAUCAGGGGCAGAGCCAGCACAAUUCAAACACAGCCCUGGCCAAUCAACAUCUCCUCAUAGAGAUGAAUUGAAUCAAUGAAUCUCUAUGAGGAAAGUUCAGUAUCUGCAUGCAAAGGGAGGAGACCCUGAAUGUUUGGAUGCAUUUUAGGCAGCCAUGACCCAGGAAGGAUCUGUAACAGCCAUCUGAGGAGUGGCCAGUGAAGUUAUCACCAGGCUGUAAUGUAAACACUGAAUUUUCUCUGAAAAGACAGUGUUUACAGCAAAAAGCCUGAAGGUAAUGAUUCUACUCACCAGAACAAAUGCAAUAAGCUGUAGUUGUUCUGGUGACUAUAGUGUCCCUUUAACUCUAAUUAGAAACUAGCCAAUCAAAAUUACCCUAAGCAUAUUUAAACUUGCCUUGUUGCCCUGUUGUGGUCUUCUGAUAGCUCAAUAGCAUGUUUACUCUGUUUGAUCAUUGGUUACCGAAUUAUGGCUUUGUCUCUCGUUUACUCUGUCUUCUCUGAUCCUUGACCUCGGCUUGUCUUAUCGUUGUCCGUAUCUCUAUAUUCCUUUGACUUUGGCUUGUACACUGACCUUUCCCCUUUUGCAUAGCCUGGCCAUUCUAAGGACCGGUAUUGCAAUUGUUCCUCUCGUGAUCUGUCUGUGUGUCUGGUUCCGGAACCGUGACAGUUUGAAAUUGGAACCCUUAUUUCAUGGAAGCUGUGUGAGUCACAGCCAUGGUUGGUGUGGCUAGGACUUCACUGAAUGUCUUCUUAACUUCUCAACCUUUAUGCACAACAUUAGGAAAGAGCCAAAUAGUAUUUGUAUGUAAAUACAAAAAAAUAAAGCUUUAUGAUGCAAAAUGUUUCUUUCAUAAUUUCACUGGACUUUACCAUCAGGCAUUUGAACCAGUAGUACAAUUCCUGCAGCUGCAUGUAACAUUGUAGCAGUCAUAUGAACAAACUGCUGUGCAAGUCUGGCACAAACGAAAAUAUAUACUAGCUUUUUCAGGCCAUGACAUAGAAACCUGUCCACGUCACAAAGUCAGACUUAUAAUUUGUAUAAUGGGAGGGGGGUGUGAGAGGAUGAGACUAAGACACAGGGGGGAGACCAAAGUCCAAAAUAUAAUUUAUUAUAAUUUUAGAGCUUUUUAUUUUUAGAGCCUUGUGAACCAGUGGACAGAUUUAGCAUAUUUAACUGGUGGUUGCUUGUAAAUUGAUAGGGACUUUAUUCUGAAUCAGUAUUGCAUCUUAUUGACACUAACUUGGAUCUUGCUAUUGGGGGUAAGAUAAGACAAUGUGUCAGGGUUUAUUACAAAGCAGUUAAGGAUGUUCCGUGUUUAGGGAAAUUUCCCCAGAAAAUAUCUAUCCACCACAUAACCUACCCUGAAAUGUAUAUAUAUAUAUAUUUAUUUAUUUUUUUGAUAGUCAAGCAGCAAAUCAUGUUACUAACCUCCUCCCCCAUCUCAUUUAGACAGGGUGAAGUUUAAAAUAAAUGAAUAAACUCCCCCUUUUUCCAGCACUGGGAGAGUCUCCACGCUGCAGUUUCGAUCCAACACGUCUACUGAAGAGUUUUGUCCAAUCAGACUAUUCUCACAGAGAAAUAUUCUGAUACAGGGUGCAUGGCGGUCCACCAGUGAUUAUUCUCACAGAGAUACAAUAAAGCCAGUAAGCACUCAUGUCUACUUUAAACAGGUCAAUUCAAGCGAGGCAGGACACCCUCCCAUCUGCCAGGCUGACACACAUGAGGUCAUUGUAAGUUCUGAUUUCUAUUGUAGUUGGCACUUUUCUAAAAUAAUCCUGCAGUUAACCCCUAAAAAGCUGGAGUGCUUUUGGUGACUAGUGUCCCUCUAAGCCAUUUAGCUACAGAAAACCUAAUUCAGUGCAAACCAAAGCACAUUAUUUAAAUGAUCAUGUCUAAACAGACUGUGUUAGAAGACAGAUUAUUGGUUUAGAGUUUACUGCUGUGGAACACAGUUUUAAACUCUAAUACAUACAGUCAGUUUUUUGGGGGUUUUUUCCCUCCAAAAAAGGAGAUUAGAAUAGAAAUAAAUACAGGGGCAUUUAAGCCCUUAAUAAGGGACACUUGGGCAGCACUAAAAUCAAAAACAGCCCACUAACUUCUUCUGCUCUUGUCCCUCCUUUUUACCAUUUUUUUUAUGGCUUCGUGUCUUUCUGUAUUGCUUCAAAUGAACAUUAUUUAUGUCAAGACAAUAAUAAUGCUUUUAUUUGCUGUGAUGUAUUAGAAAUAGUCCCCGUAAAAUGUACCAUGUUGAGAGACGCCUUAUGGUUAGGUUCAACAAUUUGUGAACAUUCUUGUGCCAGAUAAAGUGUUUUCAGGGGAAAUCUUGUAAAUGUAAAUCUGAUAGUAGAAACCUGUCUGACCUGAAUUUGUGUAUUUCCCAAAUGUCAGCACAGUGGGAGGAUUAGUUUUACGUUGCAGCCAAGAGGUGCAGUAAUUUAUUCUCACGUGCACUUUAUAUUUAUACUUAUAUUUUAACCCCUUACAAAGCUGUAUUCCUGGCACUAUCGCUCCCUCUGUCUCUCCUCUCCCUCGCACCCCCCCUCCUUAGUGAAUAAAGGGUUAAAAACCCUUUAUUUACUUACUUUACUGAAACAAUGCUUUCCUAUGGGGAAAAAUCUGACGCUGGAUGUCCUCCUGCAGAGUGUGAGAACAUCCAGCAUCAGAUACCGGACAAAAGGUCUGUUUCAAACCAGGAAGCCCUCUGGUGGCUGUCCGGGAGACAGCCACUAGAGGCUGACUUAGGGCUGCAAUGUAGUUUAAUGCUUAAGAUUGCAGCACUAAGGGCAAUAGGGACACUGUAUCCAGACCACUUCAGUGAGCUGAAGUGGUCUGGGUGCCUAUUGUGUACCUUUUAAUGAUGGCGUGAUGUUUUAUGCUUUCAUGUACAGCAGGGCACUAUCACCCCAUAAUGUGUUAUUAUCUAUAGCUCCAGCAAGACAAUAUAUUUAGUGGCACUAAAAACCUGGGGUUCCCUUCUCUCAGCUGCAGCCAAACUUAAUGGCCCAUGCCGACCUAUUCAAUGUGACAACUAAUAUCCACAUCAUUGAAAUUGGCUUCACUGAAGGUCUUGGUUAAAACGACACUAUAGUAGCCCAUUGAAUUGGUCUGGGUGCAGUGUCCCUGUCCUUUUUAAUCCUUCAAUGUAAAAUCAAAUAUUUUAUUUUUGUAUGUUAUUUUUUAUUUUUUUACAUUUUAAUCUAAAUAUAGUUAUCGUGCCAGAAGGCCCCUGGAUGCACUCUUACCUCAAGGGGUAAAUUAUUCUUGAACAGUAGAAAUUGUAGCUUGCAGAUAAUGACACCAUUGUAUUGGUAGAGCUUUGAACAUGUAUUUCGAAACAAGUUUCAUAGAAAUGGUGAGUGAGUUUUUUUUCUUUUAAACUAGGGAUCGACCCAGGUUUUCCAGAGCUGAUACCGAUACCGAUUAUUGGUUGCCUUUCGGUACAAUUGCCAAGAACUGGUGUUGAUAUUUUGUACAUUUAAAGGAACACCAUCGCUUUAGGAAUACAAACAUGAGGACGUCCAGCGUCAAAUAAGUGCGAUUUACUUAGAGUAAAUCGCGGAAGCGCCUCUAGUGGCUGUCAAAGAGACAGCCACUAGAGGCUACAUUAACCCUGCAGUGUAAACAUAUAUUUUCAGCUACUGGGUUAAAACUAGGGGGACAUAGCACCCAGACCACGUCAUUGAGCUGAAGUGGUCUGGGUGCCUGUGGUGGUGCUUUAAAGUAUUAAACUAACAGCAAUCACACUCCUAUCGCUCUCAGUCAGCCAGCACAGUACAUUACAGUAGAUCAUUCACUGACUUCCUGCCCUGCCUUUAGCUAAACUCCGCACGCGUGGUCUCACAGAAAUGGGAGGUCACGACGUGGCAUUUCAUUGGUUGGUGGCUAAAAUGAUCAGAUGCAGAAGACAGCGUGUGGUGACUUUGAAAGGUGAGUAACUUAUUGGUAAUGUCAGUAAAUUACAAAGACGUAACUGAUUAUUAGUAAAAUGUUGAAUAACAGCUCUAAUAAAUCGGCAGAACCGAUAGUCAAUCCAUCGCUAAUUCAAACUUCUUGGAUGCAGGGUCUUAAUCCAAAAUACUUAGCUCUGCAGCAAAGAUUUUUUUUUGCUAUCACCACCGCAAGGUAGAAUAGGAAUAUGGUCAAUGGCUGUGGGUGUCAAGGAAGGCAAAGUGUGUCCAAGUUUCUAAAAGUAUUUAGGAUCUCAGUGGUCAGAUUCCUGAAACCAUCCUACUUGUAGACUGCUGAUUGCAAAUCCUGUCUCUUAAGGGUAUACCAGACCAUAGGGGCAAAACAUGAUAGCCAGCGGUACAUGCUAUCCUGUGUGUUAGCACAUAUUUUCUCUUGAUAUUUGAGUGUUAGAAAUAUUUGUCUGCUACCACAUGUGCACAGGUGGCACAUCCUUUUUUUUUUUUUGUUUUUUUUUUUAAUUUGACAAUUUUUAGUGAGUCAAAAGCCUUUAAACGGGAUACAGAAGAUAAAAAAGUAAGGGUAUUUAUUGCCAUCCCCAUUGCAGUAGGGAUCAUAGGGUUAGAACAGUACAGCCAGUAGUUACAAAACAAUAUGUACAUUGACAUUAAGAAAGGUUGCGUAUUCCCAUUUGAGUUUGGUGCCCCUGGUAAUUUACAUAAUACUUUUAAAUUAAUGCUUCCUGUCACAUCCGGUGUAUUACCGAUUAGUCAUUCUGGGCAUCUAUCAAUUCGAAGCAUAUCUUUUGCCACUAAAUCUUAGCCUUUAUGGCAUCACCCUUACUAUACUGUUACAAUGGUACAACAUUGUUAACCUUGGAUUCCACCCAUGUAGUCUUGAAUAACUAACUGGCUAAGGCCCUCAGCUGAGUGGUUAUGAUCUGUGACUGCUGCCGUCUAUCCCCCUCUUUUACAGUACACGUGGUGUACCCUUUUUUCGGAGGGGCUAUACCCCAUUCUAAAUUACCCUCUCUGUGAUGCUUAACUUUUUUAUUUUUUAAAGAAAUGAAAGAAAGAUAAAUAUACACUAGUAGAAAAAAGGGUUUAACUAUUUACAAAGUGGGUUUGCACUGGCGGCUUGUACUCUGUAUUUGUAAUGGAUGGUAUAAAACCUAUUCAGAACAGUUGGUGCAUCUUAUGUUUGCCUAUACCAUUCUGAGCUCUGUUGUGUGAUGUGGUUGUUGAUUCGGUUGUUGACCCAUGAAGACUAGAAAUCACACCUCAGCCUGGCCUGUGAGCUGUGACCUCCCUUUCUCCAGCCUCCUCGCUUUCCCCAUGUCUUCGCUCCACUUUCUUACCGUACUUUUUUUUUUAUUUUUUGACCAUUUUACUCCUUUUUCUUUCCCCUUCGGACACCUCCCCCUUUUGUCCAGCUUCUCCAAUCACCUCAUCUGCAGUGUUGGUGACACAAAUCCCCCACUUAUCAUUUGCCUCCUGUAGGUGUUUUUGUGGUCGAAUGUGUCUAUGCGCCAUUGUUUCUUAAUCUAGGUUCAAUGAAAUUUGGUUCAAUAGUGCUGGCGUUGUUGGAAGAGCAGUGGUUUUCCAUGCCUUGGCUAUUAAUAAGUUUGCCGCUAUUAGUAUGUGAAAAAGUAGGAAAGGCCAGGAAGGCAAUCUAGUGCUAUAAAUAGUAGACAUAGUUCGGGAGUGAUUUCAAUGUGUGUGCCUAAUGCAGUGGUCACGAUGUUCGCCACUGUUUGCCAGAAUUUAUUGAUUUCGGUACAUGUCCACCAUAUGUGGUACAUCGUACCCACCUCUUGUGAGCAUCUCCAACAAAUGCUAAAAGUGUUCGGAUAUAUACGUGCUAGUCUGUCUGGCACCAUGUACCAUCUAUAUUGUAUCUUCCUCAUAAGUUCUAGAUGGGAGGUGCAACUCUAUCUACCCAUGUGUGCCACAAAUGCUGUGUUCCAUACUCGUGUAUCUAAUGUUUGGUUUAAGUCAUUCUGCCAUUCAAGUCUAAAUUUGUCCUGUGGCUCUUUCUGCGGGUCAAUUACCCGGUACGUGGAGGAGAAUACUUUUUUCAGGACGGUGGGAAGUGAGAACGAUUUCUCAAAAUAGAACAUGAUAGGUGUAAGUGGUUGUACUAGAUGCUGUAGAUAGGAGAACAACUUUCUGGAUGGCACAUUAAACUUCCGCUGGAGGUCUGGAAACUGAAGUAGAACAGUUUCAUUGCAAAAAGAUGUCCUAAAGUGGAGCAUCCUCCAGUCAGCCAGGGUCUAAAAUCUGCUGGCGCUAUAUAAGUAAUAAUAAUUCUAGGUUAGAGUUAAAUCUUAAAGGGACACUAUAGUCACUAGAACAACUACAGCUUUUUGCAUUUGUUCUGGUGAGUAGAAACAUUCCCUUCAGGCUUUUUGCUGUAAACACUGUCUUUUCAGAGAAAAUGCAGUGUUUACAUUACAGCCUAGCGAUAACUCCACUGGCCACUCCUUAGAUGGCUACUAGAGGUGCUUCCUUAAAGGAACACUAUACUCACCUAAAUUACUUUAGCUAAAUAAAGCAGUUUUAGUGUAUAGACCAUUCCCCUGCAAUUUCACUGCUCAAUUCACUGCCAUUUAGGACUUAAAUCACUUUGUUUCUGUUUAUGCAGCCCUAGCCACACCUCCCCUGGCUAUGAUUGACAGAGCCUGCAUGAAAAAAAAACUGGUUUCACUUUCAAACAGAUGUAAUUUACCUUAAAUAAUUGUAUCUCAAUCUCUAAAUUGAACUUGAAUCACAUACAGGAGGCUCUUGCAGGGUCUAGCAAGCUAUUAACAUAGGAGGGGAUAAGAAAAUCUUAAUUAAACAGAACUUGCAAUAAAGAAAGCCUAAAUAGGGCUCUCUUUACAGGAAGUGUUUAUGGAAGGCUGUACAAGUCACAUGCAGGGAGGUUUGACUAGGGUUCAUAAACAAAGGGAUUUAACUCCUAAAUAGCAGAGAAAUGAGCAGUGAGGCUGCAGGGGCAUGUUCUAUAUACCAAAACUGCUUUAUUAAGCUAAAGUUGUUCAGGUGACUAUAGUGUCCCUUUAAUCAGUCCUGCCUAGUGUGUCUCCACCCUCUGCAUGCAGACCCUGAACUUUCCUCAUAGAGAUGCAUUUAUUCAAUUCAUCUCGAUGAGGAGAUGCUGAUUGGCCAGGGCUGUGUUUGAAUUGUGCUGGCUCUGCCCCUGAUCUGCCUCCUUGACAGUCUCAGCCAAUCCUAUGGGGAAGCAUUGUGAUUGACUGAGACCACCAAUUCUGAUGAUGUCAGCAGACCUCAGACAGUUUCACAAGCAAACAGGAGCAGAGGUAGCAGCUGCAGACUUGAAUACAAGAUUUUACUAUAUUUAGGGAGGAAAGGUUAGAUGGCAGUUUUAACACUACAGUAUAAGGUCAGAAAUAUGUUUGUGCUCCUUUUAAUAUCUCAUUGCAAAUUCAAUAGCAGGACAAUAGUGCAGUGAUUAUGUGAGUAUCUGUCUCGUUGCUUUGAUCCCUGUUCCAAAGUGUAAUGAUAGGGGUCUUUAAAUAAAUAAUUCAAUCAGUAGCCACAGGUUUAGUAAUGUUCAGUAAUGCCUCCACUGGCUGAUGAAUAAGAUUUUAAUAUUUCACAUAGACUUGCAGGCCAAACAUAUAUGCCAAACUUGUAAAACCUUUUAAGAUUUAAAAAGGUAAUUUGUGACCUCUAAAUACAAAAACUGUUACAAUUGUAGAAACACACCUGAUACAUCAUUUUUUGAAGUUUAUUGAAAUACAUUUGUUCUUUAGCUGUACAAUUAUGUGCAGAUCAUUAUAGUUAAAGCUGACUUUUUGUUCUUCUUUAUAAGGCACUAUAAUUGCUCUGGUCCUUAAAGCGGCAUUGUCAUGCCGAACUUACCUUUCUUUAAUCGAUUUCUCUUCUCUCCCUCUCUCAGGACCUGUUCUUAAUAUUUUCCUGUCUGCUCUAGUUUUCUUUAAAACAUAAGACAAAGUAUUUGUCUUAUGGAGGUUUCCUACGCCUGACCAUCUCUGAUCAACGGAGGAGCAAAGUGUGCUUCAUUUCCAGUGGUCAGAGAAAUUUUCCCACAAUUCUUAGCUUUCCUCCCUGUUCCCGCGAUGCUUCCUGUCAGUAUCCCCGAACGUCUUAUCAUUUAGACAGGACGCCAGCAAAACUGCCGAAUUGCAGGGUGCGGAGCCAGCUGCCGAACCGACAGGUCGCAUCUGCAGAGAGCUCCUGGCGAUAUCGGCCUAAAAAGACCAAUAAACCUCGAAAAUAUCACCCCCCCAAAGCAAACCAGCUGCCCACACACGAAGCAGUAAUGGGCAGGAAGACUAAAAAACCCAAGCUCGAUCUGCCCCAGCCGGGCACCAGCAUAGGAGACCUGUGGCGGCGGGCACAUGGCGCACCAGAGCCUGACAUGGCCGCCUACAUAGAUGGCUUAGAAGACUCAGACGAACUGCUCUCUGAACCAGAAGAGCUCUGUUCACCCACAGUGUGGCCAACGGAGAAGCCUACCACGCAGCCUGACACAGCCCCGGUCACGAAAGCUGAAAUGAGGGAGCUGCUGGCGGAGCUCCGCUGAAAUAUUCAGGAGGACGUAGCUGACAUGCGGAGAGACAUAAAGGGCCUUACGGACCGCGUGGAAACCGUGGAGCCAAACUCCCACACGCAUGCCAGGCAAGUGACCUCCCUCCAGCAGGAGAUGAAACUGCUGCAACAGCAGCACUUGAAGGUAGAACGGGCUAUGGCAGCAAUGGAGGACUCACGACGUGCCCAGAACCUUAAGGUCAGAGGCAUCGCAGAAUCAGUUCCAGAAUCUGAACUUCCCCACCUCAUGUGGCGCCUGGUGAGUAAAAUACUGCCACCAAAGCAAGCCAAGGGAGUAGGCCUCGACGGCAUAUUUAGAAUCUCUAAACCACCAACAGCCCCAUCAGCAGCAACCAGGGACUUAAUAGUCAAAUUUCAGAAGCGACAGGACAAAGAAGCAGUAAUGGCCGCCAUUAGAAGCACUACGCCGCUCAUCUUUGAGGACCUAUCUAGGGGGACUAUGGCCUGGCGCUCAACCCUUAGGCCUUUCACCACCCUGCUCCGCGAGCGCGAUAUUAAAUACAGAUGGCGCUCACCCCACAAGCUUCAAGUGCUCCAGGGAGACACCACAUACUUCAUAGCGGACUUGCAAGAGGCGGAGGCCCACCUCUCCACCCUGGGCCUUCCGGCAGACGCCAUACGACGACGUCACACAACCCUCAAGCCACACAACUGGAAUCCGGCUACCUCCGAACCCUUUGUUCCCGGUGGACUCACCUGCGCUGCACAGACUGUAGCCACCACCUGAGCGCUUCCGAAGGGGAUGGCCGAGCCUUGCCGGCCACUUAUACCCUUGCCUUGGUUUUCUUUUUCUCUAAUUUACCGCAUUGUUAGCAUUUAAUUUUGUAUAUAGUUUCUGGUCUAACAGUAUAUUUUAGGGACGCAAUCUGGGGACAUGCCAGCCAUAGAGGCUCCCACUCACUAAGGGCGGCACUGGGGCAGCACAAUGCUAUUAAUCACACCUGGCCCUUGUGGCCACCGGGUCCGCCCAGGGCCGUCUAGACGGCGGAAACACACACACCACCAGGCCACAACGACCCCGGAUCCGGCCAUAAGAGGCCCAACCGGACAUACGCUACGUCCACACACUUAUCCAGCACUAGGGCUACAGGCAUAGGGGUCGCCCCAAGCCAUGCUUCACCACACGCAGCCACCAUCUACACAUAGAGCGGAGGCCCUCGCGGGCUUCCCACAUACCUCACGCCACUCUCUGGCCCUGAGGCUGACACUCGUGCACACUCCCUGAGGGGGCCCCCCCUCCACCUUAACGCUACACCGGGGUACACGAUACUGCCUAGAGACGAAGGAUGAUGUGCUAUUUUCCUAACCCAUUCGGGCCCUUAAAGGCGGACCACUAGAAGUAUAGAGAGGCCCUGCAUAGAAACCAAUGAGAACAGAAAUAGGACCACACCACGUAGACCAAAUCUAACAAUAUAGUGUACUGUAUCUUAUGCCUUGGGCUACUCACACAUAGCUCCAUAUUGAAUAUGUCUUGAGUCAUUAGACUACUGCUCACCCACACCCGAACAUACAUAAAAUUAAUGUCAUAACGUAUCGGAAUGAACACUGACAACCAAACGUCUGUAUAUGUAUAUAUUUGUUGGCUUCUCUUUCACUUCAUUUCAUUGCUAUGUCUAGUUACGCAUGUAUAUAAAACUUAAAAUUGUGUGAAUUUUCACGCCACAAUCACAAUGUUAUGUAUCUCAAAUCGCGCUGUUAUGGCGCCUGUUGAAAAGAUGUACCUACCUGCACAACAAAAAAAAAAAAAUUAAAAAAAAAAAAAAAAAAAAACUGCCGAAUUGCGUCCUAACAGAAUGAGAACAGUUUCUCCAUUCGUGUUAGAACACAAAUCAGGACUUUGUUCGGAUCGGAAUUUCAUUCUAAUGAAUGAAACACCGAUCCUAUUCGUGCCGCGGCUGCAUCUUGGUCUUUCAGCCACAUUUACUAAUAGGAGUGUGGGCGGGGGGAGGACAAUAGGUCCCUCCCCCUCAUUUUCCUUUAUGGCCCCCACCCACCGCUCAGGGGUGGGUUCUGGGGGGGACGACGACAAUAGGUUCCCCCCUUCUCAUUAUCCUUUAGGGCCCCCACACACUGCUCAUGGGUGGAGGCUGGGGGGAGGAAAAUAUGUCCACCCCCCCUCAUUAUCCUUUAACGCCCCCACCUGCCAUUCAGGCUCUCUCACUUCUAAAAUAUUUCAUACAUCUAAAAUCUGUAUUAAAAACACAUAUUGUGCCAAAAUUUAUCAUGUGCAUUGUUGCAAAGUCCGAGGCUGACAAGUCCUGACAUGUCUAUUUACAGCAAACAACACUUCUGCGCAAAUUGUCAUACUUAAGGGUGUUUUUGUGAUACACCAUCACUUUUUAUUUUAUAUCAGAUGCGCCAAGUUGGUUAAAAAGUCCUAACCUCAAGUAGUCACAUACGAUCACCAGGGACUUCUUCCGCUACCUCCAGAUACAAGACUUUGCUAGCUCCAAGGAAGUCAAGGAGACAGCCACCCUCCCUCUCACCUGGUUAGAGAAUAUUUGUUACCAGGAAAAACACCCUAAGGGACUUAUCUCACUAUUAUACUCACCUUAGCGGGGAGACCAAAGAAUGGGGGUAGCUCUGAUACACGGACCAGUGGGAGGCAGACCUGGGGGAGACACUAGAGGGCUCCGACUGGCAGGACAUUUGGGAAGCUACAGCCCGAUCAUCUAUUUGUGUUACCCUCCAGGAGCAGUCAUUUAAAACGCUUUUCAGGUGGUACACCCCCCCAAUAAAACAAUUCCGUAUGAAGAUCACUUCCACAGAUCUAUGCUGGCACGGUUGCGGGGAACAAGGCACCUAUAUGCCCAUGUGGUGGACGUGCCCUUCAUUACAGGCCUAUUGGUCUCAAAUCACCACCCUAAGCUCGAACAUAAUGCAGAGACCAUUAGUUAGACCCAUGGGCCUGCCUUCUCUCCAGGCCAACAGAAGGCCUUACACGCCCAGAGCAACAACUAUUAAACAUGGUAUACUUGGCGGCCCGCAGGGCACUGGCACAAACAUGGCUAUGCAUGGAAAUACCCCCCAUAGCAUUGGUAAUAGCAAAAAUAAAAGACAUUUACCUUAUGGACAGGUUAACCUCCCUGGUCAGACACACCACUAAAAAUUUGGCAGAGUAUGGGAGUUGUGGGAGCAGUACCAGGAGAAUAUGGAGGUUGGACACGGGAACUGAACACACACUCGGGGCUCACGAUAAAAGGGCACACGACAAACCUCAUCCGGGUCGCGGAAACAGAUUCACCAAUUCACUAUAUUAUUGGUUUUAUGUUUAAUUUUCCAAAUGGUUUUUGUUAUGGUACUGUCAGUUAUCAAUUAAAUAUAAACACACUAAUCGAAGUGACACAUAACUCUACAGCAAGUACUAAGAGACAAACUAGGAUACGCUUUCACAGACGACGCCCAGACCACUGAAAAGAUCAGAGAUGUCAGUUUGCAUACAGCUUAUACUAACGUAUCAUUCUUCCUUUCUGUAUAACUAAAUUGGCUAAAACAAAGUACUGUGACUUCUGUGUAAGCCUAUAUAUAUAUAUUGUUACAAAUAUGCACUUCUUUGUGUGAAAAAUAAAGAAUAAAAAAAAAAAAGUCCUAACCUGAUUAUCAAUCAAAGAAAAAAAUAAAUAAAAAAUAAAUGUAUAGGUAAACAUUUUAUAGCAAAACAACAUAGUUACUUAAGAUUUACUGGCACCACUCCCAGUAUUCAAGCAUUAUAAUAAAUCUCGAUCCUUCAAAAAUAUUAUCUUUAUUUGCCUAUAUUAUUACUCCCAAUAUCUGAUUUCACUCUCUUGAUCUUUGUUCUAAGGUAGGGCUUUCACUUUUACAUGUAAUUUUUAAAGGUACAUCACUCCAUAAAUGUGAACCUAUAACUGUGUUUGGGUUUUAUCUUUUUUAUUUCUUCCUGUGUAUUUCUCCAGCAAUUUUAAUAUUAUUUAUUUACAAGACUGGUAACAGAACACUGCAUUAUGAGAUGUUACACCAGUUUUAUUGUAAGUAUUUCACAAUUUUCAAAUCAAGUAUACAAACUUUUCUACAUUAAAAUAAAAAUAUUGAUAAUUUUUCACGCAUGCAGGCACGUAAGUAUGUUGGACUUUAUGAGCAAUAAGUACUGCACAAUCAUUUAUAGAAGUUACUGUUGUGCAUUCUGUCACUUUAACAGUCAGAAUUACAAUAAAUAAAUGGGAGUCUAAAAAUAAAAAAUGAAUAAUAAAAAUUAUCACUUCAGCAGCUAGAAAAUAUAUUCACAAAACACUGAAUUGUGUAGAAUUGAAAAGAGAAUUGAAAAGAGGAUUGCAAAAGAGUUGAAAAGAGAAUUGAAAAGAGGAUUGCAAAAGAGAUGAGCUGAAAAAAAUAAACAUUAAUCUGAACUCUUUUCUAAAACUUGCAGGCCACCUGUCAGUUCUCCACAAUUCAAUGACUAAUCCCCAGUGGCUGACAUUAGGGUAGGUGAUUGCAGUUAGAAUAUUUAGUUUAACUAUCCUAUCAGACAUGUGGUUAAAGGGACACUCCAUGCAUCUGAAGCACAUUAAAGGGACACUAUAGUCACCAGAACAACUACAGCUUGUUGAAUUUGUUCUGGUGAGUAGAAUCAUUACCUUCAGGCUUUUUGCUGUAAACACUGUCUUUUCAGAGAAUAUUGGUAUAUUUAAAUUGUGUCAGGGUCAUAACCAAUACUUAGAGGCUCAAAGGGUGAGAUGAUAUUGAGGAAAACAUACUUUUAAGACUACACAAAAAUAAAUUAUAAACACUUAAAUAACUGAGGACUGUCCUCCAGCCGGGAUGAAGGGAACUACCCUAAAUACGUCCCAAUUUCUGUUAGAUGAUAGUGUUGCUGGGGCUUGCACGGGUUACUCCAGGCCAAGUGUUUGAAAGACAUUAGGUGCUUCCUCUGGAGCAGAGAUCAACAGCUUCCCAUCUUUGAGGACCAUCAGUGACCGUGGAGCAGACUAUCGAUACAAGAUUCCCGCUGCGUGGAGUCUCUAAGUUAUAGGUUGUAUAGAAUUUCUGCAAAGUAGUGAGGAGCGAUAUAGAUCUUGUGAAAAUGUAAGAUGGUGGGAUUCGAACUCGUAUGGUGUUUCUCUUAAAAAGCAUUCACUAACCUCGGUUUAUCCAUGUUAGACUGAUAUCCGAGAAUGUCUCUAGAGGCAACAUUAGGUGCUUGAUGGGAUUUAGCAAUAUGAUAAGUCCCAUCAAAAAUAAUUUGUUUAGCUUAUUUUGCAGGAAUUGUGGAGGCCUCUAGAUGGCAAAUAAAAUGGGGAAGUUCAUUCAGAGAUAUAGAGUCAGACACCUCUGAUUUUAAUACUCUGUCUCCUACCUCAAAAAAAGAAGAAGAAAAUGAAUGAAUGGAAUAAAAAUGCUAAAUCUUUCAUUGAAGUGUUUCCUUAAAUCCUUCAGUGUUAUUUAUCUACAUUGGACAUGAUGGGAAAUAGGGUUUUGUCUCUUUUCAACUAUGUGGAUCAAUAGUCUCACACCACUGGCGUAGGUGUGAAAACAGCAUGCACAUCUUACUAGGCAGUCUAGUCAGAUACUGUCUGAUGUUUGACUGAACAUUCUUGUAGUUGAGCUGCUGGUUGGUUUCCUCUAAUGUUGAGUAGCUAAGUGGCAUUACGAGGGUAGGGAAUUUCAGACAGGACUCACACCUCUAUUGUGUAGGAGCAGGACCAAGACAGAACAUCAAUUUCCAGCUCCCUAUCAAUACACUGUGUAUCAGAUGCUGCGUGGAGAGUCCAGUCAGAAACUCUAUCUUCCUUAGGGCAACACUUGACCACACUAUAUUAGGGGUUCUUUUCAGGAGUGUCUGUUAUAAGGAGAGAGUGAGUGUGUGUUUCUUAGAGUCCAGAUGUACGUGUGUGUGCUUGCAUCUGGGAAUAUGGAUCUGUGUGGGGAGAGGAGUAUGGAUUAGUGACUCCAAUGUGAAAAGACCAGUCGGCUAGUGGCCACAUGUUGUUGUUGUUGUUGUUGUUUUGUGCUUUCAUUAAAAAAGCUCCAUAAUAUUUAUUUUCUAUAUCAUGUCUCUCUCUUGUAGAAGAGUCAAGUCUAAUAACCAGCCUAAUUUUAUCUAUACCUUUUAUAUAUCUUUCCCUUUUUGUUUUUUCCAAUUUGACGAUUUUUAUUUUCACAUUUAGGUGGGGUUAGGGUUACAGAAAGGAAGAAGGGGAGGGUUGCAUAAUGUAUCACAGUGAGAACAUAUUUUGGCAUAUUAUAACAUUGUAAUGUAACAUGUCGUGGUUUAGUAGUUUGUAAUCUUUCCACUGUGUUUCCUGUUGUUCUAUUGCUCGCAUGGGCUGUCGGCCCACUACGGUGAGUAAGCGUUGGUUGGAAUCCCAUUCAUAGACCUUUUUAUCUGGGGACAUAUUUGCAUUAAAACUGACACAUUAUUACUCUGUCGUCCACCACAACCUUACGUCUCAUUUGUCUCAUUGUGGGAUGGAUCUGACGUGUCUUAUGGGCUACUGCGGGUGGGGGGAGGGAAAGAAGGGGGGAGGAGGAAGGGAAGGUGGGUGGGUUACAACAUAUGUACAAGUGGGUUCUUAUGUUCAGUAGUGGAGGCAUCUGAAAGUCAUCAUCAGACUUAGACUUACUUACUCGGAAUGGUGGUGUGGUGGUGGGGGGGGUUACCACCUCAGGUGGUGUCUGUCAGCUGGUAGGGUAUACUUGUGAUGCGGGGUUGGCCCAUUCCUGGUUUCUUUGUGGGCUGGGCCUUCUUAACACGCUAAAGUGUUAUGUAUCACAGUGUCAUGCUUGUCCCUAUUUUGUUCGUAUGGGACUUUCUGGCGUUCUACUUGUGAUAUGGUUUGCUAUCUCGCCUCUGUUUGAUCUUCCUCUCACACCUCCCCGGUGUCUUGUUUUCCCGUUGUUUGCCAGUAUGCUCCCCACAAUCGCCCAGCUUCCAGUGUUGCUCCCGGUUUCCUAAUGUGUCAGGCAGCCAUCAGUUCAUACUCCCAGUUGGUUUGUAUUUGUUGCCUCAGCAUAUGGCUUGUGGGGGUGGUUGUCGUCUUCCAUGCCCUAGCUAUUAGGGUGCCCGCUGCUAUCAGAGUUUGGAAUAGGAGUUUAGCAUGGACCUUAGAUCGAUGUUCGGGCCAUAUGUACGAGAGACAUACUUCGGGGGUUAAUUCUAUUGGUAUUGGUAUGAGGUGGGCGAGAAUUUACUGUCAGAUUAUAGAACUCUUUCUGCCAAUUUAGUAAUUGGAUUUGCUUUUGAUGUACGAGGCACGUUUUAUGAGGAUCCUCGUGUGACCGCUUUAUGUGCCUGCCAAACCAUGUGGUGUGACAAUGAGGGGUUGGCAUUUUCCUCAAAAUAUUGGUGUAGGGAGGCAGUCAGGUCGUCUGUAAAUGUCUGGUCGGUCAAAAGUGAAUCGUUGAGCCUCCAAGGGCUCCUAUGUUUGAAGUCGUAAGAGUCUUUGAGGGUCAGCUCUACCGGUGCAUGGUCUGACCACACAAUUUGACCCACCCUGCAGUCGACUGCCUGUCCCAGUGUUGCGCCUUCCAUCAGGGACCCAUCGAUUCUUGAGUAGGUGUUAGGGACUGUUGAGUGGUGUGUAUAUCCUUUUUGUCAGGGUGUGCGACCCUCCACACAUCAUAAUAAUGGUGUAAUGUUAAAAGCUUCCCCAGGGUUGCGCAUUGACGCCUAAGUGGUUUGUAUCUGGGACUCCUAUGAGAGAGUGUGGUGUCCAUUGCGGGGUUUAGGACAUUGCGUAUUAUCAAGGGUUAGAAGUUUCUUUGAUUUGUGUUAGGUGUGUAUAUAUUCGCUAUUGUGUAGAGGGCGUUGUUUAUCCGUCCCACGAGUAUGACAUAUCUCCCUUCCCUGUCUACGUCCUCCAAGAUUGGUUCGAAGGCUACCUGCCGGCUUAUGAGGGUAGAGACCCCUUUAGAUUUGGUUUGUGAUGUAGAGUGAUAUUGAUGGGGGAAAUGUUCUGAUUGAAUACAUGUGUGUGUUGUCCCUCGAAAGUGGGUCUCCUGCAGGCAUAUUAUAUCGGUAUCGCUGUGUCGUAUGUCCCUCCCCAAGCGAUGCCUCUGCACCGGAAGAUUCAGCCCUCUCACGUUAUGACUAUAGAUCUUUAUGGUGACAUGUGUGGGAAGUAUCUAUUUGUCACCAGGUGACAUUUAAUUUUUUGGAGGUGCUGCCCGUCCCAUCUCAGUUGAGCUGGGCAUUUCCCUCCCUGUGUAUCCCACCAAGACAAAGCUAUGCCAUCUGGGCGUCCCACCCCAGAGUCCAGCUCCAGUUCGGGGGUCCCGUCUGGCCUAGCAAAACAGAAAAUGACAGUUGUGUGUAAGCGAUCCACUAUGCCUUUGUGUGUGUGUGGGGGGGGGUUGGGUAGGGGUGUGCAACAACAUAAAUACAAAACACAUAUUAAAAUGUAAACCAGUAAACAAACAAACUCUUAAGUACUAUCUUGUAAGACAAGAGUAUGGCUUGGUGCCUAUAGGAGGUGCCCUGGGGGUCGGAGCUAAGAGCUUCGAUCCUGGAUAUUAUAGCUCCCGCGAGGUCGGCCCUCGCUAACAUGGUGGGUGAUCACGAUGACCCUAAAUUAUUUAUCCUGCAGUCCGUAUUUGCUUGGCCCCACUUACAAUUAGGGGCCCCUGUAAAGGCCCCCUGAGUUACCCUGCUAAAUUAUGUAUGUGCCGGUCAGGCCAGCUGCGCCCAUAGUGGGUGCGGAAGGCGGGCACCUAAGUGGCCAGUGGAUGUGGCUGCAUUACCCGAGGAGAAGGCAACUCUAAUUGCCUCUAGUAUUGCUGUUAAGUUAUGUAGUAGAGAGGUCAGGGCCGGACUGGGGAAAAAAUUAGGCCCGGGCAUUUUUCAAUCAGAGCGGCCCCCUAAGAAGGGGGCGGGGCCAGAAAGUGUGUGUUUUGUCAUCACUAAUGACAACAUGCCCCCUCUCAAAGUGAGCAUGUUGGUUCAAUGCGCAGAGCCCUGCUAAAGAGCUCUGGCACUAGAAAAAGGCCCUGAAUUUAUUCUGCGCAGCGCAAGCAAAUUUAAUAACAUGCUUGCGCUGUGUUUGCUUUUAAAUUGUCUCUGGUGUCUCCACAAGUGGGAUACCAGAGGACAAAAGGGCCAGGAAAGUGCAUGGUGCAUAUGUUUGGAGCCUGCUUGUGGGAUUGCGUGUGUGUAUUGUGGUAUUGUAUAAAUAGGUCAAUUUAAUUUGUGUUUGUGGUGUAAUAUGUGUGGCUAGGGGCUGUAGAGAGUGUGGGAUGCAGCGAGAGAGUGCAUACGGGCUGAAGUGUAUGUGUAUAGGUGACGUAGUGUGUGUAGGGGUUACAGAGAGGGUGUGUUUAGGGAAUGUUGUAUGUGUUUGCUGACAAGGAAUGUAGUGUGUGUGUGUGUAGGAGAUCUACUGUGUAAAGGACCCAGUGUGUGUGUGUGUGUGUGUGUAGAGGAUUAAGAGUGCAUAUAGGGUAAGGGAUCUAGUGUUAUCUGGAGCGUAAUGUGUGUAGUGGUGCAGUGUGAGGGGUGCUGUAGUGUGUGUGUGUGUGUAUAUAUAUAUAUAUAUAUAUAUAUAUAUAUAUAUAUAUAUUUGGACUUAUUGUAUGUGUGAGGGGCGCAGUGUGUGUAUGUAAGAGGGGUGCUGUGUGUGAGGGUGUUUUUAUCUGCUGUCACAUUCUAGGUUUCUAAUUUUCUUUGUCUGUUAACUCACUGAGGGUUAUAUAUAUAUAUAUAUAUGUGUGUGCUGUAUAUGUGUGGGAGUGUGCUGUGUGUGUGAGUGAGGGUGCAGUGUGUGUCUGGGGGUGCAGUGUGAGUGAGGGUGCUGUGUGUGUCUGGGGGUGCAGUGUGUGUCUGGGGGUGCAGUGUGAGUUUGGGUGCUGUGUCUGGGGGUGCUGUGUGUGUCUGGGGGUGCUGUGUGUGUGUCGGGGUGCGCUGUGUGUGUUUGGGGGUGCUGUGUGUGUCUGGGUGCGCUGUGUGUCUCUGGGGGCGCUGUGUGUCUCUGGGGGCGCUGUGUGUGUGUGAGUGUGAAUGUAUUUUUUAUUUAAAUUUAAAUAUUUAUUUUAUUAAUUAAAAAAAAUAUAUAUAUAUAUAUCCCCCCCCCAGGGGUGCUGUGUGUGUCUGUCUGGGUGCUGUGUGUGUCUGUCUGGGUGCUGUGUGUGUCUGGGUGCACUGUGUGUGUCUGGGGGUGCUGUGUGUGUCUGGGUGGGCUGUGUGUGUCUGGGUAGGCUGUGUGUGUCUGGGGGUGCUGUGUGUGUCUGGGGGUGCUGUGUGUGUCUGGGUACUGUGUGUGUCUGGGGGUGCUGUGUGUGUCUGGGUGCUGUGCGUGUGUCUGGGUGCUGUGUGUGUCUGGGUGCGCUGUGUGUGUCUGGGUGCGCUGUGUGUGUCUGGGUGCUGUGUGUGUCUGGGGGGUGCUGUGUCUGGGUGUUGUGUGUGUCUGGGUGCUGUGUGUGUCUGUGUGUCUGGGUGUGUGUGUGUCUGGGUGCUGUGUAUGGGUGCUGUGUGUGUCUGGGUGCUGUGUCUGGGUGCUGUGUGUGUCUGGGUGCUGUGUAUGGGUGCUGUGUGUGUGUCUGGGGGUGCUGUGGGGGUGCUGUGUGUCUGGGUGCUGUGUGUGUCUGGGGGGUGCUGUGUGGGGUGCUGUGUGUGUCUGCUGUGUGUGUCUGGGGUGCUGUGUGUGUGUCUGGGGGUGCUGCUGUGUGUGUCUGGGGGGUGCUGUGUGUGUCUGGGUGGUGCUGUGUGUGUCUGGGGGUGCUGUGUGUGUCUGUGUCUGGGUGCUGUGUGUGUCUGGGUGCUGUGUAUAGGGGUGCUGUGUGUGUCUGGGGGUGCUGUGUGUGUGAGAGUGUGAAUGUAUUUUUUAUUUAAAUUUAAAUAUUUAUUUUAUUAAUAAAAAAUAUAUAUAUCCCCCCCCCCCUCCCUUCUUACCUUUAUCCUGGGAGGGGGGGGAAGAGAUCCGUUUUGCCGGGGGAGCCAUGCUGCCUUCCCUGGUGGUCCAGUGGUGAGAGUGAACUCUAACCUGCAGGUUAGAGUUCACUCUCGCGAGAUCUGAGCGUUGCCGCGGCAACGCUCAGAAUCCCGCGAGAGGACCCGGCGGAGCUGCUGGUUAGAGCUCCGCCGGUCCUCUCUCCUCCCUGCCUCCCUCCCUCUCCCAGCCGGCGGCCGCAUCUCCCUGUCUGUGGGCCGGUGAGGGAGAUCUUUGAUCUCCCCACCGGCCCAUGGAUUCACAUAGCAGGGCCGGCGCUCGGGUAGCGCUGACCCUGCAGGGGCCGGCCGGGGAGAUCCCCUGCCGGCCUCGGCCCCACGGCCAUCGCGGCCCACCGGGCAUUUGCCCGGUAUGCCCGAUGGCCAGUCCGGGCCUGAGAGAGGUAAUGGCAUGUAUUUAGUACACAGAAAUAAUACAUUGUAUGAUACUUGCGCACUCAGGAAAAGUCUAAGGAUGUGGCUUUGCUUGCAGCCUGUCCAUGGUCUGCCCGCUAUUUGCGGGCUUUCUUCCAGACUUGUGGUAAGCGUCCUGCUGGCUUAGUCUCUGGUUGUUGUGCCAUUCUUUCAGCUUCAGUAGUCCAUCCUCAGGUGUGCAGAUGGCGUUAAGGGUCUUGUUGCGUUGUCUCAACAAUUUGGUCGGGUAUCCCCACCGGUAUGCUAUGUUACUGUUCCUGAGCAGGUCGGUGAUAACGCUGAAGGUUUUCCUCUUCCGUAGUGUCAUUGCUGAAAUAUCUGCAAAGAUUUUGAUAUUAUGGUACGUGGCUGGUAAUUCUUUCUGUGUGCGGCUGGUUUUCAUGAUCGCCUCUUUGGCGUGAUAAUAGUGCCUCUUAAGGACGAUAUCCCUGGGUGUGUCAGCAGGUAAGUAUUGUGGCUUUGCCACCCUGCGGAUUCUGUCCAUUAACAGGACAUCCUGGGGCGAGUAUGAGGCCUGUAGGGUCUGGUGUUCCCGCCUGUUCACCGUCCGUGUCGGUGCCAUCUUUGGAGUCCACCAACAGAGGCUUUGUCUGACCUUGUUUGGCUCCAAAGAAGUGGAGCUUUGUCCUGCUUUUCGGUCGCCCGCUUGCCUUUGGCGUGGGACAUGGCUGGUAAGUGCUUAGUGCUGGUUUUCCCUGAGUUUCGGGUCGUAAAUGCUGUAUGAGGGCCUAAUGUGCGCGGAGCUAGUCUAACAUGCUACCGCUCGUGUUCCGUUCCAGGCCACGCCCCAUCUUUCCCUUUUUUUGUUAAUUUAAAUGACAUGGUUUCACUGGCACUGAAAAAAAUGGUUGAUGUUAAAGCUUAAUUGGGACAAUGUUAAAUCAUCUCUUCUGACAGUUACAAUGAAAAACAUUUUAUUUCUUCACUAUUUUGGUGAAAUAAUAGGUUGCAAUUUGACAUUGCAUAUCUAGAUUAUCUUUCAAAAUUCAUAAAUCUGCCUAAACAACUAUGCAGAGCUUUCUUAUAACCUAUAUAUGAAGGACAAGUGCAAAAUGGUAUUCUAAUGGUGUUCACUCUCUGUGUUGUUCAGGUCAUUGCCAUUGUCAUGGACCUGUUUACAGACCGCGAGGUAUUCAAAGAUGUUCUGAUUGCGGCGGAGAAGCGCAUUGUUCCCGUAUACAUUAUUCUAGGAGAAGAGGGAGUGAAGCAUUUUUUGGAGAUGUGUGAACUGAUGGAUCUCUCCAGCUUUCAACUUCGGGUAAAGUGGAUUUUAUGUUUUUUUUUAUUUUUAGGGUUUUUUUGUAUGUUUUUUUUUUUUUCUAGUCAUCUGUGUUUAAACAAUUAAACAAAAAAACAUUACCUCUGCCUUAUUCAUUGAACAAAAUACGCAGAGGAAUAGAAACAGUGCAAUGUGUGCCCUGGCUGUGUGCAGGACUGAACUAGAUUGUAGUAUUAUAUGCUACAGUGUUAAUAUACAUGUAAUGCAAAAAUUUGUAAAAAAGAUCAACAUAAGUUCUAGACGAUUUCCAGUAUGGUGUAAUUUCCAGAGAAGCCUCAGUUUCCAUAUACAUUUUUGUUCCUUAUAAAAGUAUUAAAAAAAAAACCAUACAAACAAACAAAGAAAAACCUCUUCUGCCGAACACUGUAAGCUUAGGGGUGACUGUUUUUGUUUUUUUUUUCCUGUGUUUUGUAGAACAUUCGAGUCAGAUACGUAACAGGGGUGGGGUUUUACUUACCCUAUGGUAAAAUCAAAGGCUCCCUCUCACACAAGUAUGUUAUGGUGGAUGGUGAUAAGGUGGCAUUUGGUUCAUUCAGGUAAGCACAUUAUUUGUAUUCUCCUCGACACCCCCUUUCUUCUAGUCUAUCUAAUAUUUUAGAUUUCAUUAUCUUUUCACAUUUUGGAGUGAUUGAGUGUUUUUCAUAUGAUGGUGCUUCUACUCAAAAGUUAAAAGUAAAAAAAUAAAAUAAAAAUAUUUUAGCAAACCACAUAUUUUUUUCAAAAUGUGCAUUUAUAAGGGAUUGGAUAGAGCUCUCUGUCUUGCUUGUUCUUAGUAUGGAUAUAUGUAAUUCUGCACGCAAACUAUCAUGUGAACCUUUAUACAUAGAACCUGUCUGGAACUUAAUGAACUCCAUGAUAUGAACAUAUAUUGGAAUUACUAAAAAAAAAUUCUAAAUUUUCCUAUCUCACAAGAAAGAAAGCUCAUAGGAUGUAUGAGGGAUAAAUGAGCUUCCUACACAAUGUAAACUAUCCAUUCUUUAACCUAGUAGCUUUUUUUCUAUUUCUAUUACUGUCCCUUUUAUUAGUAUGGUUUUUUUUCAAAAGGGACGUUCUACAGAAAUUCAUGUAAAACAUGGUUUUAUAUAAAUAUUGUUCAUAUAGCAUCUUAGUGUAAGAAAAAAUAAAUUAUAAGUUCCAGAUGAACCACAUGCAAUCGAACAUUUUCAGUAAUAAAAAUAAAGACGGUUUUCCUUUUAAUGAUGUGAGAUUAAUUGUUUCAAUUACAAACAUCUGUUUUAUAUAUCAAACUGACUGUAUUUGUACGUUGAGGCAAGGCCGGAUUUCCCAUUAGGCAGAGUAGUCACCUGAUCACUAUUGCUUUUAGCACUUCUAAUGUGGCUUUUUGAGCUUAAAUAGUUAGGAGAGUGAAGUACCAGGAGCCUUGGCUAAUGUCUUCUGUAGUCCAGUCAGCCUUAAUAGCAGUCCUGCAGGCAGGGCCGCCAUCAGGGGGUGCAACUGCCGCCGGUGCAGUUGCACCAGAGCCUGCAUGCUGAUGGGACCCAUCGGGUGGCCCACGCACUUAUGGCCACCAGAUGGUCCCUAUAUCUUCAGGGGCCCGGUCAGCACUGUGACCGCGUAAUAUCGCGACCGGGCCCCUUUAAAAAAAAAAAAAAAAAACGCAGCAAGUGCUGCUGGAAGGAAGUGGUCACUUCCUCCCAGCUCACUUCGCACGGGAGGAGUGCGCGCCAGUGAAGAGGGAGCCGUGCCGACUCCCAUCAGUCCCAGCCACCCUCCUGCAAAAAAAGGUAAGAAACAGGAGGGUGGCUGAAAAAUGAGCUGUGUGUGUGUAUGUUAGUAUGUAUGUCUGUCAGUAUGUCUGUAUAUAUGUAUGUAUGCCAGUAUGAAUGUGUGUGUGUGUGUGUGUGUGUGUGUAUAUAUAUAUAUAUAUAUAUAUAUAUAUAUAUAUAUUUCUGUAUGUCAUUAUGAAUGUAUGUCUGUGUGUAUGUAUGUCGGUGUCUGUAUUUAUGUGUGUAUGUAUGUAUGUGUCUGUAUGUCCUCAUGCGUGUGUGUCUGUAUGUAUGUUAGUAUGUGUCUGUCACUAUGUAUGCCUGUGUGUCUGUGUAUGUGUGUGUCAGUAUGUAUGCCUAUAUGUGUGUAUGUCUGUUUCAGUAUGUAUGUAUCUGUGUCCUUUUGUAUCAGUGUGUGUGUUUGUGUCUGUGUGUGUAUUCCUGUGGGCGGGAUUUGGAGGCGGACCCUGUAGGCGGGAUUGGACGCGGGCUGAGUUAGGGGCCCCAACAUUUUUGGUGGUGGCCCUGCCUGCAGGAAUAGUUAUAGAGGUUGUAAACCUCAGUACUGUCCAAGCUCCUCCGGUGUCUAUGUGAGAGGUUGCACAGGAAGUGGAAAGGAUCACUUCCUAUCUCCCCACUUACAGCCUCUCACACAGGAAAUGCCUUGCAGGGGAAGCUCUAAAUGAUGCACACUGUAUAACCGCUCCUGCAAUCUAAUAUCAUUCUGGCUGGUCUACAGAAAACAUAGGAGGCUGACUACUUUACAAAUAACCCUUCAAACUCCCGCGCUCAAAGAUUAAACCUGAAAAUAAACCUUUUAGUUUAAUUCCUCUUAAAAACUAAACCUAAUGUACCCAAAUACUAAUUUUAACCCAACUUUAACCAUAGUAAUCCUAAACUGCCCUUAUACUGCAACACAUCUUAUGUUGUUAAUCUUCUUAACAUUAAACAUCCUAUGUACCCCAACCGUAACUCUUACCUUAAACUAAAUAAUUCUAAACAAGGGCAAGGGGUCCACGUCUGGAUUACUCUUUAAACUUAUGGAGAGCAAAAAACGGUUCGCAAGAGUAUUCUGAGAAUGGAGAGCUGCUGAAAUAGCCGGCCCUUCGGUGGGUCCCUGCUCAGAACUCAAGCUGGUUUUAGCUCAUCUUGUGCCAUUACAGAGAGAACAUAUCUGAAGCAUAUCAGACUGGUCCCACCCAUACGGGCAGCCCAGACCGAAAUGCCAGCAAGUUCUCUCUGCACGAGAGAUACAGCAACCCCAGACGAUCGUUUCAGCCUUGUUAGGCAUCAUCAAUCAGUGAGGCAUAGCUGAUAUCUCUCUAGGCACUGUGAGCAAGGGGUCCACUGCUGGAUUACCCUUUAAAUUUAUGGAGAGCAAGAAACGGGUCGCAAGAGUAGUCUGAGUAUACGCCUCGUGACAUUGGGAUAGGACAGGGCUAGACAUAUUUGCUUGGAAUCAGCUAAAAAAGUUAGUAGCCAGUUUUUUGGUUUUUUUUUUUUAAGACGAACAAAGCUAUUAUUUUUAACAAAAAUACAAUACUUAACCCCUUAAGGACCAAACUUCUGGAAUAAAAGGGAAUCAUGACAUGUCACACAUGUCAUGUGUCCUUAAGGGGUUAAAGGGAUGCUAUAGUUGCCAGAACCAUUACAGUUUAAUUUAGUAGUUCUAGUGCCUAAAUCCUGUCCCUACAGGAAUUUUAAUGUAAACACUGCCUUUUCAGAGACGAUGCAGUGUUUACACUGUUUCUGGUGGCAGACAGUCAGACGCUCUACAUGGAGAUGCAGAACGCUCCCUAUAAAGAUGAAUUGAUUCAAUGCAUCUCUAUGAGGGAUUAUGAUUGGUGCAGCGUGGCAUUUUGUGGCACAUACACAGUAGCCUCCCAAUGCUUUCCUAUGUGAAAGCAUUGACUUAGCUGAGUUCAUUAAAGGACCAUUAUAGGCAUCCAGAUCACUUCAGCUCAAUUAAGUGGUUUGGGUGCCAGGUCAACCUAGUUUUAACCCUGCAGCUGAAAACAGCAGUUUCAGAGAAACUGCUAUGUUUACACAGCAGGGUUAAUCCAGCCGCUAGUGACGGUCUCCCUGACAGCCACUAAAGGCCGCUUCCAUUAUUCUUACUGAGUAAAUCGUACUUAUGUGACACUGGACGUCCUCACAGAGUCCAGUGUCAAAAAAGAUCCCCAUAGCAUAAGUAAUGCUUUCCUAUGGGCGGGUUUGAAGGUGGGCGCGCCUCUGGCCGAACAUGCGCAUUAGUCUCCACUUGGAAGCUGACGUCGAUGGAGGAGGAGAGGUCACCAGUGCUGAGGGAGCCCGGCGCUGGAUUAAGGUAAGCAAAUAAAUGGUUACCGUAUAUACUCGAGUAUAAGUCGAGUUUUUCAGCACAUUUUUUGUGCUGAAAAACCCCCACUCGACUUAUACUCGAGUUAAUGUCUGUAUUAUGGCAACAUACAUUGCCAUAAUACAGACAAGGACCGCCGGGCUCAUUACAAGCCCGGCGGUCCUGUUGGGGGCUGACAGUGAGCAGUUACUUACCUUUCCUGCAGCUCCUGUCAGCUCCCUUCUCCUCCGUGCAGCUCUUCUGACAGCUCCCACUGUAAGUCUCGCGAGAGCCGCGGGGUCAACGCGGUUCUCGCGAGACUUACAGUGGGAGCUGACAGAGGAGCUGCACGGAAGAGAAGGGAGCUGACAGGAGCCACAGGAAAGGUAAGUAACUGCUCACUGUCAGCCCCCCCUCCUACACAGCCCAUCCACUGGACCACCAGGGAGUGAGAGCCCCCCUCCCUGGCAAGCUAACAAGCAGGGAGGGGGAACGAAAAUUAAAUUAAAAAUAAAUUUAAAAAAAAUACAAUAAAAACUAUUAAAAUAAAAAACUUAAAAUAUUCAAAUAAAAUAAAAGAAACUUAAAUAUUCAAAUAAAAUAAAAGAAAAAAACUUAAAAUAAAAUAAAAAAACUUAAAUAUUCAAAUAAAAUAAAAGAAAAAAACUUAAAAUAUUUAAAAUAAAAAUGUUAUAAUAAAAAUGCCCUCCUUCCACCCAGUUCACACACACACACACACACACACACACACACUGCAUUCUACACACACACUCAUACAAACACACACACACACUCUGCAUUAUAUACACACAGAGUGUGUGCGUAUAUAAUGCAGUGUGUGUGUUUGUUUGAGUAUGUGUGUAGAAUGCAGAUUGUUUGAGUGUGUGUGUAUAAUGCAGAGUGUGUGUUUGUAUGAGUGUGUGUAUGUGUAUAAUGCAGAGUGUGUUUGGGUGAGUGUGUGUGUGUAUAUAAUUCUAAAAUCACAGAAUUUCAUAGCCCCAAGUUUUACCCUCGACUUCUCCACGAGGCAUAGCAUAUUUCACAAUUGUUGGUCACAAAACUGCCCUCGACUUAUACAUGAGAUCGACUUAUACACGAGUAUAUACGGUAAUUAACCAUUUAUUUGCCGCAGAACGGUAGCGUUAGAAAUGCAUAUUUGUAUUCCUCACGCUAUAGUGUUCCUUUAAGAUUGAUUAUCUCAGCCAUUGCGUCUGGCAGGGAUUGGGGAAAAAAGUGAGUAGAAACACCUUUCCCAUGUGUUCGGAUGGGGCAGUCACCUAAACAGACACACACACUGACAGACACACACUUUCAGAUACACACAGAUACUGACACACUCACACACAUUCUCACUCAAAUUAUAAUUUGUUUUUCAUUUAAGCACAGCCAUCCCCACUACCUCUGGGACACUGGAGUGGAUCCUUUCCCUGAGGUCCAGUGUGGCUUCUAUGAUCCUAUCAUCUUCCUGCUCUUCUUGCUCUGCUCUCUCACAUGCCGUUUAGCAAUGCCAGGGCCAGAGUGACACAUUCCAACUCCCAGCAUUACUGCCAGGCACACGUGGGAGCAGAGCAUGAAGAGCAGGAAUAUCACAGCUCCCUCGUCGCCCACUUCCAUUCUUAUUUAGCCGGCCGCCUGCAUUCUCUCUCGCCGCCUCCGCUGAAUGGGCUGACAAACACCCAGGUGCCUAGUCGUCUGGGACCGGACACUGAUGGUUAGAUCAGUGUUCCCCUGUCAAAUUCUACCCCAAUACCCAAGCUGGAGGCAAUAAAUAAAAAGAUAAAGUACAUAUUAGCAUACCGUAGAGUUGCUGGGGUUAACAUAAGGAGCAAAGAAUAUAUUCCUAAUAUAGAAUACAGAUAACCAGAGACACAUCAGUGUCAAAGAUUGAAGAAUGUAGAAUAAUAGAGUACACAAAGCCAAGGUUAGGAAAACCAAAGGGAAGAAAAGUUGAAAUAACAAAGCCAAGUCAAACCAGAAAGAUACACUAAAUACUAUUACACACUCUUGAGCUACUAAGACCAAGACAAGGCAAGACGGUUAUGUCAGAGAAGGAACUAAAUAGGCAUAAGUGUGUGAUAACUGGUUGUGGAACAAUUACAAACCAUUAGUAAUAUAUAUACAUGUUUAGCCCACAAAUUAUUUGGUCUACUAUUACUUUAAGAUAUGGCGGAACCAAGCAUUACAUGUCAUGAUGUUAGUGCGCACGCCCCUCUGGCGAGGGUGCAUUUGGCGUCAACCAAAUGCAGGGAUUCUGCUUCAAAUAGAGGAGGCUCAGCGUUGGCUGAGGGAAGAGGAGCGGCAUGAUGAAGGCCUAGAGCGGGUAUGACAUUCUUUAUUUGUGGUGUAGUGAUAUAUGUGGGAUAUUACUCACCAUGAUAUCUGGAUAGUAAAAAAAAAUUCAUACAAGCUGUGUAAAUUAAUUGGUUAAUGGACAGAAGGACUAUAUUAAAUUCAAACACAACCCCCCCCCCCCCUUUUUUUUUCUUUCUAAAAAAAAAAAAAGCUCAAAAUGUUCCAAAAAUUGACAUUACACAUAAAACAGAUAUUCGUAUACCUGUCUAUAUUACCUAUUUGGUUUCAUUAUGUAUACUGAUUUUACACUGCUGUUGUUUAUACCUUACCAGUUUUGAAUAAAGAUAUAAAAAAAACAAACGACAAAUAAAGUCUGCUAUAUACCAAAUUGCACAGUCGUUUUAAAGUAAUCAACUCUGCAGCAGACUCAAUAUCACUGCAGUCUCAUGGGUGUGUGUGGAGACACUCUGCAGGUGAUGGAGGAAUACAGCAGGAAACAGAAUGUAACAAUGCAGUGUGCUAGCAUGAACAAAUGGCUGUAGGUUAAAUUCCAACAUGACAUUAUAGUUCCAAACACACACAAUGUCAAACUUUGUUACACUGUCAUGCUUAUAAAGCUUCCUGUAUGCUACCAAUCAUGAAUACAAGUUGUAUCAUUUAGUACAAAUGUUUCUUUUUUUUUUGUCUUGUUUGAAAGUAGUCAUACUGUAGAUACAUGGCACCUGGAUUGGAACGGUCUCUCUUCAACAUCAAAUAUCCUAAUCCUAUCUUUAUUUACAAAGUAUUUCCCACAUUUUACCACAAUUUCAGCGUAACUGGUCUCCACCUCAUCAGCCUGCUUCCAUCCUCCAUAUUAGUUGGGUUUUUUUUGCCUACAAGUUUAGUCCCCUUCUCCCUACAAUACCCAUUCCAUUUUAAUAAAAAGGUUUAUUAGGGCAUAAUUUUUAAACCACAGUGCCCUCCUAUUGUAAGUAGUCAUCUUCUCCAAGUAGUCCUCUUGGUGCCACUUCCUGCCUUUUUUGCAGCCUCUAUGAAAUCUAGAAGCUCCAGUUUUAGGCUAGUUCAUGGGCUGGGAGCAUCAGCUGAUUGCUGUCUGUUGGCUGUAGUGAAGGCAGGGCGUGCUGCAGUGGUUAUGGUGCUUGGAGUUUUCCUUAAACCGUUUCUAAAUUUCAAGUUUGUACAAAUAGUGUUUGCAGCUAAUUUUCUCAUUGUUUAACUGUUUCUAAAUUGCCUCUACCACUGCUUCUCCACCACUUCCUUACUUUACAUAUAACCCCUAUACAGUUUCAUUUAUACAUAUGCAGUUUUCCUGGAUGAUUGACUUUUACGGACUAGACUCUGCGUGUUUUGGGUUUUUGUUUUCAUCACAGUCUCUUUUCCAAUUGUCCUAAUAAUUUCAGGUUUUUGUUAGUGCCUCCGAAUUUCCAAUUUUGUUGUUGAUUUUAUAUCUAUGCUCUCAAAUUGCUUAACAAACGUGAUUGAUAAAAACAAAGAAAAAAACUUGUUUAAAUAAUCUUAAAAGACUGCAUACCUUUUUAUCCGACUAAGCUGGUUGCUAUCAUAAUUUGUAAGGGCAUCAUGUCGUUCAUAAUAAUGUUUGUUUUGAAUUUAGCUACUUUCCUUAUGUAUCAAUGCACAUUUCAACUACUUGGCCACAAUAAAGAAACUGAUAUUUUCAAGUCUAAAAGUUAAGUUUGCUGAUUUUCAUACUUUGAUUCCAUUUCUUAUACUACACACCCCCUUUAGGUUAACCUGGAGCUCAUUCAGAGUGGAUCGCAACAUAAUGACUUUAAUGACCGGACAAUGCACAGAACCAUUUGAUAUAGAGUUUAGAGAGCUCUAUGCCAUCUCAGAAGAAGUAAAUCUUUACAAAGAGCUGUCUAUCCCUGACAUUCGACCAAGUCCAAGGAUGGGUGCCAGAGAACGUUCCUCCACUGUUGCCCGCAAACUCAUAAACCCCAAGUACUCUCUUGUGGUGGGAAGGAGUGUUGCGCCUGGUGAAAUGUUAAGAUUUGGAACACCAAAUCCCCCAAGUGCAGACGAGAAUGGUGAAAGUGAGAGCAAAAAGAGAAUGGACAAAUUCUUGGAAGAUUUGAUUACUAUAGAACAGGAAUUACCAGAGAUUGUUAAAUUGGAUGACCUUCCAAAAGCAACCUCAACCUCUUCCACCAAGAAAAAAGAUAUUUUGAAAAGUGGGGAAGUCCCGGGGCCCAACAAGCCCUUCAAAAGAUUUAGUAAAUUUUUUAAUUCAAAGAGGCAGCAGAACACUGCUCAGGACACGGUAGUUGAAGAUGACUUUGUUUUACUUAAUAAACCAAAACCCGAUCCAAACCACAAUAUACGAAGCCACAGUCACCAGGAUCUAAGGGCCUCGGGUAAGAAAGACGCAUGCAUUUUUUUCAUUCUAGGGAUAUAUCUGAAUUCUUGAAGUUGUUCAAGAUCAUUGAAGUAUAUUAUAAAAUACAAUAUAAUAUUAUAAUUAAUGUUACAAUGGUAAAGAUUUUAGCAUUCUUUUAUUAUUUAGCAAAUUAAACAAUUGCAAUAAUUACAAAUUAAAUCUAUAAAAUAGCCAUUUUAAAUGUAGCUUACUUGACAAGUCUUUCUCCAAACUGAUUUAAGAUCCCAACAUGAAAUAUGUCUACUGCUUUAAGCCUUGUCGUUGUGGAGAUCAUAUCCAGGGUAUCAAAGAAUGGCAUAACCUGGUCCUAAAGAGUUAAAUGAUGUCUCCAGGUCAUUGAUAUAGGUCCUGUAUGAAUGAUCUGGAGAAAACUCUUUAAGACCAAGGUUAAGCAAACGUGACAUCCCUUAAGGGUUUAAAAAGGUUUUUCAGUGCCCUUUUCUGUGAUAAUCCUUGGUUUUAGUUAUUGUUUAGAAAAAUAUCUACACUUUUUGGCCAAGCAGUUUGUAUCCAGGUUUCUUGACCCAGGGAAAAAUCUUGGAAUGGGAUAAGACACCUUUGUCCCUUAGCAAUGAACGAUAAAUAUCAAAAGGCUGUGUUUUUAGAUAGGAAAGGAAUGGAAUAUAUGAUACAAUCUGUUGACAUGUCAAUAUUGCUUGCGUUCCGAAUUAGCAUUAUGUGAAUUUUCUGUUUGUAAAUGAACAAAUAUUGCAGUAAUCAUUUGCUAAGCUAGUGUUCAGGAAAUAUGCAUUCUGAGACCCUCAUUUUUAAAUUACAUUUUUUUUUUACUUUAAACAAAGGAAGGUAAUUGGUUCAAAAAUGUUUUUUUUUAUAAAUAUAUAUUUACUCUUUAAUGCAUGUGCUACCUAAACUUUGUGUUUAUUAAGUACAUAUUGUUUACCGUAUACAAUGAAACUAUUUUUUGUUUUGUUUUUUUAUUUUGUUGUUACUGGAAGGUCAUUGGUACACAAGCACACAAGGCCCCCACUUGGUAGAACUUAAUUGUUCAAUAUAAGAGCAGACCUGUCAUUUGCUAGUUUUUAAUUAAGAUUCUUUAUUUGACUUAAGUUCUUUAUAAAAAGUACUUUUGAGGUUAAAAAUAAAAAUUUGCUUAAAUUAAAAUUUUGCAUAUGAGCUGGUAAACCUUUUGACCAUAGGUAGUGGCUGACUUCCUAGACACCUUCAUAUUAUAUACUUCAGCAAUAUGUGUUCUUAUGCUUAGGGAGACAAUUUACAUAAUGCUGACUUAAGAGGUUACCUUACAAACAGCACACUCUGUACUCCUAAUUCAUGAAGGGCCAAAGAUGCUGCAAACCUUGGAAAUUAAAGAAAACAUAACUUCUGAGCUUUUUUUUCCUUUCAUUUUUGAACAUGUUAUCUAUACAUUAAAAGGUAAAGGUUUUUAAAUGGAUUUUCCUUUUAAAGGCACUCUAGCACCAUAACAACUACAGUGUGUUGUAGUGGGUACAAUUUCAUAAGUCUGCUAGUAAUGUCCCAGGGAUAGCUUUCAAAACAUAUAAAAAUUGUUUAUAACUUACAUGGGUGUGUUGGGUGCUCAAUAUGUGCUAAAGUGGGAUACUUUGGCAAUGGCAUACACAGAUAUUUUUCAUGAGAGGGGCUGGUAUCUGAAUAGACACUAUCCCCUAUAGACACCAAUUAAAUAAAAAAAAGGGUACUCUACUCCUAUGAAGAUCAUGUAUUUUGGCAUUGGCAACAUCCGUUUUGGACAGUGUUCAAUGGUUGAGACUAUUAUCUGACACUCAACCCAAGAGUAAUGUUAAAACAGGUUACUGAAAUAUGAACUUUUAAAUUAAUACAUACUGGUGCAGACUGUAAGGACUGCAGGCAAUCAGGAACACUAGAUAAGUGUCAAACUGUUAAUAAAUGGUUUGACAACAUGUUAUGGGACAGUGCCAGGAGAGUUCUGGCCAGGGCCGGAUUAACAUAGGGGCUGAUGGAGCUGCAGCUCCAGGCCCAGGCCCAUGGAAUAGGCCCCUUUAAAAAAACAAAAAAAAACCACACUACUCUUAGGUUUGCCACCUUACUGGUAUUUUACUGGCACACCCGGUAUUUGAGGCUGCCUGGCUGUGCCGGCAUUGCAGUAAUACCGGCAAUACAAAUGCAGAUAUUUUACUCAGUAUACAUGGAGAUUACUCUGCAAUACCAGCACUGGCCAGUAGGGGUCACUGUGUAUGGAGAGAGGCAGGGAUAGAAAGUUACAGCAUAUCCUAGUGUCUCAGUGUCCCCAUGGCUCCCAGUUUCCCCUAGUCUCCCAGUGUCUGUGUCCCCAUGUCUGUGUCCCCAUGGCUCCCAGCCAGUGUCCCCAUGUCUCCCAGUGUCUGUGCCCCAUAUCUCUGUGUGCCUAGUGUCCCCAUGAAUCCCAGUGUCCCCAUGUAUAUGUCCACAAGUGUCCCUAUGUCUCCCAAUGUCCCCAAGUGUCUGUCUCCAGCCAGUGUCCCUAUGUCUCACAGUGUCCCCUAGUCUCCCAGUGUCUGUGUCCCCAUUUCUCCCAGUGUCCCCAAAUGUCUCAUUGUCUCCAUGUCUCCCAGUGUCCCCAUGUCUGUAUCCACAAGUGCCCCCAUGUCUCCCAGUGUCCCCAAGUGUCUCAGUGUCCCCGGGUCUCUCAGUGUCUCCAUGUCUCACUGUGUCCCCUAGUAUCCUAGUGACUUGGGGAAACUGGGAGAAAUGGGAACACUGAGAGACUAGGGGACUGGGCGACAUGGGGACACUGACACUAUGAUACAUAGGAACACUGGUUAACUUGCGAGACUGAGACACUGGGAGCAAUCCAUCUAUACAGCAGAAUUAAAUUGUGAGUAGUUUGUUGGUGAUUUUACAGAAUUUUCUCUUAUGUCACUCCUUGUGAUUGACAUCAUGUGAUGUCACAUAUAACUAAUUAUACAAAUUAUUAGGGCUGGUAGUUUUUUUCCAAAAAAGGUGGCAACCCUAACUACUCUUCAAAUACCCUUGCUUAAAGGAACACUAUAGGGUCAGGAACACAAUCAUGUAUUUCUGACCCUAAUAUGUUAAUACCAUCAUCUAACACCCUUGCCCCCUUAAAUAUAGUAAGAUCGUACUUGUAUUCAAGUCUGCAGCUGCUGGCUCUGCCUCUGUACUGACUCUGUCUUCUGACAUCAUCAGAAGUGGUGGUCUGAGCAAAUUACAAUGCUUCCCCAUAGGAUUGGCUGACACUGUCAACUAGGCAGAUCAGGGGCAGAGCCAGCACAAGUCAAACAUAGCCCUGGCCAAUCAACAUCUCCUCAUAAAGAUAAAUUGAAUCAAUGCAUCUCUGUGAGGAAAGUUCAGUGUCUGCAUGCAGAGGGUGGAGACACUGAAUGGCAGUGCUGCACACUAGGCAGUACUGCCCCAGGAAGCACCUAUAGCAGCCAUCUAAGGAGUGGCCAGUGGAGUUAUUUUCUCUGAAAAGACAGUGUUUACUGCAAAAAGCUUGAAGGGAAUGAUUCUACCAGAACAAAUACAAUAUGCUGUAAUUGUUCUGGUGACUAUAGUGUCCCUUUAAGUUUGGAAGCUUGUAUAGGGAUGUAUAGGAACAAAAUGUGUGUGUGGACUGGCUGACAAUAAAAUUAGUUUAGAUAAUGCAUACUUUGGUCUCUCUAACACUGUGGCAUGUCCCCUUUCUUCAAAACUCACUACAUACACAUUUUCUCUGUCCCAGACUAUAUACCAGGAACUUCUGCCUGCUAGUAAGAUGGUGAGGAGACAAGUGGACAUGUGAGUGCUAGGGGACAGUCCUUAGAAAGCAUGAAGUAGGUGCAUCAUUUGAUGCAUUUAUGUCAAGCUCAGGGUGCUGCCUGCACAGUAUGCCCUUAGUUGGCCAGCCUGCAUGAUUGGCAGGCAGCCUGACAUGCAUUAAUGCCAGGCUGGCCUUACAAUUCUUUGGACAAACAUGCCCCCUUUUUGGGCAUGUUCACCCUUUUUGGCAGGUCUGGUCACAUGAUUCGCGCCAGUGGCCCACCCUUUUACCCUGCCCAUUGACUUCCAGCUUCACUGGACACUGCUGUUAAGGGGUAUGGAUUUACUUGAAAGAUGGAAGCAUAAAUUAGAGCGAGAUUAGCAUAGAGUAUGUUUCUCUAUAGCUGCAUCCUUUGAGUAUCCCUCCAACACCAUCUCCAUCAGAUACAUGAUGCUUGGGGGGUAUGAUUGUUUUAGUGUUUUGGUCAAUAAGAUACUGUAAUUAGGCCCAUCGUAAUUGUCAGCACCUGGCCCACUGGGCUCUUAAUCUGGCCCUGGUUCUGGCACCACAUCCAUUACAUUAUCAUUACCAAGGUUUUUGGUUUUUGUAGUAGUGUUUGAUUUGUUUCUAAAUUAUCAAAAUGUCGGCAUGUUUUGUUUUUUUUCCAUUAUCGAUCUACUUUUUAAACACUUCUCUCUUUCUGACUGUCAUAGGUAACAUCAGCCCAGUCUCUACAAAAAGUGAGAAGCAAAAACAGCCGGACAAAUGCAUUAUAUCCUAAAGGUUUACAGAUAUCACUCCAAAGACCUUGAAUGUUGAACAGUUAUAUUUAUUCAAACCUGGAAAAAAAAAUAUUAAAACUGUUUUUUAUUGUAUUAGGUUAUAAAUUCUCAGGGACGAUGUAAAUAAUAGGAAUGGGGAAAUAUUUUUAUUUUGGGGAUUUUUUUUUACUUUUGAUUUUUGUUUUGUUUUUUAUUCAUUAAAAAAAAAUUGUUUCUAUAUAAAUGCAAAAUUUAUGCCACAGUGCCACAUUAAAAGGGAUUAUGUUUUGUAUAUGUCUUUGUAAAUAUGACCACAUUCCAUAAGGUAAAAGAAUGUAACCGUGUACAUGCAAGGCUUGAUCCUCUUUUGUUUUUUGUUUUUUUUUCGUUCCCUAAAUAUAUUUACUUUUAUUAAAGUGGAUCGGUUUAAGUAGUUCACAAUACAUAUAACUGCAACACACAACAUGUGCACUGUGCUAUUGUGACUUGCUGGAAAAUGUAACAACUAUUGUUGUUUGAUGUGCGUGCUGUUUACGUGAAUUUUCAAGUUGGUAUAAAUUAAUAAAAAAAUAAAUAGGUUUACUUAUUUCCUUAUAAAAUAUAAUAAUAAUGCAAAUCGUAUUGCCAAAGGUCAGGUAUAGCAGAAUCCUUUUAAAACUUCCAAUAGGUAUACCGGAGAGAGAUAGAUAGAUAUAGAUAGAUAGAUAUAGAUAGAUAUAGAUAGAUAGAUAGAUAGAUAUCUAUAGAUAUAUAUAUCUAUAUAUAUAUAUAGAUAUAUAUAUCUAUAAUACACACACAUCAAAAUUAGCAAAGGAUGCACUUACAGGUCUUCCAAAUCUUAUAAGUGUUUAAUAAACCACCCCAAAACUACAUGUGGGAGAAGAUCGACAUUUCGACCCCUUAGGUUCUUUCUCAUACACAUUUUUAUUAUUAUGAAAUCUUUAAUUCCAAUUAGUAGGUCAGUCUGAAGCCACAGACCUUCUUAGAAGUAAUUCUACACAGGUGGAUAACUAUUUCCAUGGGAUGGAACAAAAAAACCUGUGUCAGUGCGUUGUUCCCUGCUAGAUGAUUUCUUGCAGCGUUUUUGAAACUGGUCUUCAGAAUCCACCAACCUUUGUCAUAUUACUUCAGCUUUAAUGCAGGCGAUUUAGUCGAUGGCUUCAUUUCUUUUCAUUGAAAUGCCUGUGUAGGAUGGGAGAUAUAACCUCUUAUCCUUGUUGGCAGGGGUGGGCUAUAGGACAUCUUGGAUAGACACUGAUUUGAUGCAAUACAUCCAGUUACAUCACUACAUACUGUAACCCGAAUGAAUUAAUAAACUACAAUUGAUUUGCAUUGUGUCUGUUGUAAACAUUAUGGUUCUUUUUAAGUUUAUGCACUUUAUUUUUUUUUUUCUGUCUGCAAAAUGUUAAUACUUUACUUAGGAAUUAUUGAUGCCUGUAAUUAAUAUAAUUAACCUCUAAUUUAAAGGGACAAUACCUGGAAAGGGAAAAAAUAAAACAUUUUUUUGUUAAAAUCUAUGUAGUGUGGUAUUUGAUAAGUCUAACUUUUUGUGUAUAUUACAUACUUUUUUUUUAUUGACUUGCUCACGUCAUCUUGUGCCUUUUCUUCUUCCUCCCCAAUAAAAACUACAGCUUUGUCUUGAUAUUUUGUUUCAGAGGUUUGUCAUAAAUAUCUGCCACCACUAAUUUCACACACAAUGCAGAAAUUUGAUCAUUUUUCUAAUUUUGAUAAUUAGACUGUUGUGUGUAAAGUGGUCAGAUAACGUUUUGUAUGUUGACUAAACUAGGUGACUACUUGUUAAUUUUAGUUUUUCUAAAUAAAUGUCAUGGUAAUAUUCCUUUUUAAAUUGUUAUUUAUUUAAAUAAAAAUCUUAACCCCAAAAGCAAAUGUAUGACGAGGCUGAUUAUUAUAUAGACAGAUUUUUUGUUUCUUUACUGAGCCUGCGUGUAUGCAGAACACGUAAUGAACAGAACUUUCUGGCAACAGAAUAACUUAAGUGCAUUCGAUGGUUUCUGGCUUCAUAAUCGUGUUGUAUUUCACUCCUUGCCUUUAAAUCUCUUUCACUGUAAUAUCCGUUCAAGGCCAUCAUAUGGGUGGAUAUUUAAUGUACUGCAGAUGCACAGAAAUUAUUUGUUUGUAGUUUUUUUUGUAUUGUUAAAAGAUAAAAAAAAUUCUAUCGUGUUUGAAAUGAAUGUUACUGUCUAGUACACUAUAGAAUUAAAAUGUAAAAAAAUGUUUUUAUUUAAUAUACUUGUGUCCUACUCCAUCAAAAUAUGAAGGAAGCGGUGCUAGAGGCAACACAAUUUUUUUUUAUUAUUUUUUUUUCAAACAGUAAGCCCGUUUUAAAUAUGAACCCUUUCAUUUAAAGUUUGUUGCCUAUGCAUGCUUAAUACAAGAGAAACAUUAUACUCCUGGUACUAGACCAAAGAAAGAAAUUUUCAGGAACUCUAUACUUGAACCAUAUCCACUACAAUAAGCUACUGUUUGUUAUAUCCUUUGAGUGUUGUUUUAAAUAAAUACACAUGACUUUUCCAUCACUUACUAGAUAUACUGCUUUUACUUUUAAAUAUGUCUAUGAAUCAUGAAUUGUAUAUUGCUCUCAUGGAUGUACUGGGAUAUAAUGUUCACGCCGUCGCUCAUGUCAAAUAAAAUGAAUGCAAGGGCCUUUGUUGAACUUGUGGAUGCAAUGUUGCUGGUAAAAGGUUCUAC